GGCUGUAGAGUGGCGUUUUGAGGUUUGUUUAUGGCUCCUCAGACCGCUGUGUAUUGCUAUCUGCGGUUGUUACUUAAGUUGGUAUAACUAGAGAAGCAAGUGGUCGUCCACAUUCAUCUCUCGAGGGGGUGUCUAACUCGGUGUUACAGUGUGUUUGACCCUAAAUUUAUUUUAUGCCGGAAUAUCCCUUUAAUUCAAUCCUAUAUGAUACUAUAUGAAACAUUUCUAUUCAUUAUUAUGAUGUGACACAAAAUUCUACAUUGCAUCACAAACCAUGUCGUACACUUCAAAAUGAUACAUUAUAAAUUGAUCCGCUACGAUGUGUUACUCUAAAGUCGUACAAUGCUAUGACAUGAACAUAGUCAUGAGGUAUGUUAUGGUCUCAUACAUUACAAUGUAAUACGUUACAAUGUGAUGUCACAGAGUAAUGACGAGUGACAUGAUACAUAAAAUGAUAAAGUGUAAUAUGUAAAAAUGUAAUAUUUAACACUGAUAUAUGGCAAUGUGACAAGUUGUGGGAUCUGUUACAUGUUACAACCUGAUUUGGUACAACGUGUUGAUCGUGAUAUGUUACAUUUAGACAUAUCACCACUGAAACAAAAGUGUUCAGCUACACAGACUGACUUGUAGUUAAUAUGUUUCUGUAAUAAUUCACUUUUCAAAACACAGGCUCAUCUCUGGCUGUCUUCACUUGUUACUGCUCCCCAGGGUUUGAUUCUUGACACAUAGUUUUUAAUUUGUGUUCUUCCUUAAGGGCAUGUAAUUUGUGAGCAUAAAAUUGUUUCUAAUUGCUAUGCAGAUGACACAACUCUGUGUCAAACUGAAACCCAGUGAUGCCGGAAACCUCAGCCACACUAAAGCCUGGUGUUUCUCAGAGAUUAAUCUUAGAUGUUUCCAAAUAACCUCCAGCUCAGAGACAUAAAAUCAAAGGUUCCUGGUUUGUCACUUUUAACCCUUGUGUGAACACCCCAGUCCAUAACAAUAGCAAUGAGAUAAAACUCUCAAACUACACGUCAAAAGUUAGAAGUGCAGUUACUUUUGUUAUGGACUAUUUCAACCCCCUGGACUACUUACUAUCAAAGGCAUUUCAACUCACUGAGGAUUAUAUCUACCUUAUAGAUGGAUCAUAUUAUCCAUAUUUCUUGUUGCCUGUCAGUUUUGGAGCUUCUUUUGGAGGGACUGCACUUUAGCUGUCAGAGUUUCAUGGUAAAGAGAUUAAGUAAGUGCCUUCUUUAGGCGUCUGGGAAAGUGCACAUAUAAUACAGGUCAGUUCUUUCCCAUCUAUGUUUUUUUCUAUUUUAUCCUGUAUGACCACUUUGAGCUUCUUUCUCUUCGUUUCCCAUUUAUUUUUUUGCUUUUUACUUCAGUGAUGCCGUGUCUUAUCCUCUCCAGUUGCAACAUUUUAUUGAAAAACUGUCGGACACUUCUAUACUUGUAGAGUUGAAAAAAGACACUAAUUGCAAUUUUACCAUUUUAUGCCACAAGGAACGAAUAGCUCAUUAAUCAUCUGUAAGGUCAUUGUUCCCCUUUUUUCUAUUAUUUAUCUUAAACUUUGCGAACUAGUUACUGAUUACAUUUUCUGAGCAAACAUUAGAGUACUCUUAAUCUUCUUAGUUAACUCUUUGCCAUACAGUAAAGCAUGAAUAAGGUUUGUGUCGCAGAAAGUGGCCCCACUCACCUCAUGUUGACUGACCUGGCCUGUGUGCUUUGCUUUACUGGCUUAACUCGACUGUUUGGGGUGAAAAACAGUUUGCUCAUACCUGGACCACUGGCACAUAACAGAGGGGGCCAAAAUAAAGGAUGAUUUACCAAACCUGCCAAGAACUAACAACUGUUGUCCUGUGAAAAUCCUUGGCCCCAAUAUGAGGUGCUGUCCAUGGUGCUGAAUCCUUGGGUCGCAGUUAUACACAUGUUUGGGCUGCCACUGGGGUAAAUUUUCAACAUAGAUGAAUAGAGCAAAGCCUGAGAACUAGUUCAGACAGUCAACUUAAGCCACAUUGAUAUCUCACUCGACAUGCGUCACUCUCACAAGCACAUGACAAACACAUACCCCGAUUUGACACUCUGUUUCAGCUGAAAGAUUUCUGCUCUCAGCCUGUAGUCGACUCAGAUUUUCAGACCAACCACUCCUGCAUCCACCCGAAGGCUCCAACUGGGCAGAGUUUGAGAUAUUGUGUCAAUAACUCCACGAUUUCUCUUCAACUCUACUGCCAUAAUAUGUGAAAGUAAAGCUGUGAGGAGGGCAGAGGUCAGAGUCUUUCAACAGAGAUUCAUAACAUAAGGGAGAGUUGUCUGUCUGAAAUGUAGGGAAGCCAAUUGUUAAUUCAAAGAAAAAACAACAACAACUACUACUGAUACUUUACAAUGUCUUCUAAUUCUAAUUUAUGUUAUUGUAAGGAUGCCUAGCUCAGGUUUACACUUGAAAGAAUGGAAUGUCUGACUGGUCUGAGACUGCUCAAAUAUAUACAGUCGUCCACAUUUCUAAGCAUUCUGCUGGCAUUUAGUUGACCCUAAGAAGAGUCCAUGUAGGGUAAAAACAAAGGACAACAUAUUUUAAGGAGCCUUAGGUGAACAUAUGGAGAGACCAUAUAGAGGAAUACCAUAGCAUAACAAAUGUGUACAAGGUUUUUUGUUGAGGAUGGUUGUCUGUCUCCAGUAAUCUAACACCAACAUAUCCAUGGUAUCUGAGUGGCAUGGCUCCACCGCCCUAAAGGCUGAUGGGAUUGGCUAAAGAAAAUUCUCCUAACAGUUAUUCAAAAUGGGAAACCUUCUCGUAAGUGAUAAGGAAGACUAAUUACUGGUCUUGACCAGUUAAAUGUAAAUGAACUCCUUAGAGCUUUAACUUAGGCGACAACUUGGGUUAUAUUGUUUGUUAAGGUGUAGAAAGUAAAAAGUUUUGAUAUUAGAGUCCAGUGUUUUACUUUCUCUGUCUUUGUUCCAAACUGACUUUGUCACUAUGGGAGUUGACUACAGCAAUACGAGUCAAAAAGUAGUGGGGCGAUGCCAAUAACCGUUUUGAAUAUCCAAAGAUACGAUGUUCAUGUUGUGGUUUUUGUCCAGCUACUGCAAUAAAAUUCAAGUGUGUACAAUUAACAGAGAUACAGACCUUAAAAAAAAGCUGUAAUUUUAAAAGCUUGGCUUGGAAAAAGUAAGUAAUGUUGUUUCGUUCAACUACAACAACUGUUUCAUCACCACUCAUGACACUCUCAGAUGUUAAUGCAGAGUUUAUGAGCUGCAGAUGUUCUGCCGUGGAUUUGUUGACAAUCUCAAAGAACAAACGCUGCAGUGAAACGCCGUAUUGGUUCUCUACAAAUCCACAUCUUACAAGUCAUAUAUUUAACAUAAAUCCUGCUUGACAACACUCAAAAUUGUAGAUUUAAUUAUCUGCCAGUCAGCAAGCAAGCUUUUCCCUGCGAGCAUAAUGUUGUUCCUCACUGAAUCAAUCAGAGUUAAUCUGAGGAUGUGAUCGAGCUGCUGGCCGGAGAACAUAUGUUCUCUGCAGGCUGUCCAGCUGCUGAGAGAGAGAGACAGAAAGACAGAGAGAGAAAGAGAGAGAGAGAUACCAUCCUUUGAAACAUCUGUCCUCUAUUGUCUGUUUCCAUUCUUCAGAGGUAUCGCUGUAUCUACUACACACACCUCCAACAGAUAUAGACACUUCAGUCACACGUCUCUCAUCUCUAACACUCUAUUUCAACACCCGUCUGUAUUUAUAGCGUUGUGUUAAAAGGCCUGUCACCUGACCGAGAAAGAGGAAGAAAACAGCUUUUAUUAGGAGUGAUGCUAACCUGCAAAAAGACAGCUCUCUUUAAAACCAUCAAACGCUCGUCCCAGGAUGUGAGUGAAAGCAGAAUAGUUUGUUUCUUCUCUGCAAAAUAACUGUCACAAGUAAGCCACGCAGAGAUGAGAAAAAAAGUGUGAGGUAAUCAGAUAUUUUUCUCUCCCUAACACUCACUCAGCAUUACUCACUAUUUUCUCCUCUCAGCACACAAACACAUUUCCUCAAGUCAACAUAACCCGGAGAAACAUGUGCUCACUCUCUGCAGAAUGGAAGAAGUGAGAGUCAGGAUGGAGUACUUUUCUCUCAGACGGAUGAUUGCCUCCACUAUAAGCACCUGAAACAAAACAGAAGCCGUAAAGCACGGUCACAUUUGUAUGUGUGAGACACUUCCAGGGUUCACAGCCACAUUUGUUUUGUCUCUCGGGUUUUACAAGCUGCUGUGUUUAUCCUGUCUAUAAUCCAAGGUAACAAUGUGAUAUUUGUGGGCUGAAGUUUGCAGCCAGUGAUUAUUUUCUUAAUCGAUCCUCUUCAAAUUCGUGCUGCAAACAUAACAACACAGAAUGGACGUGAUUAUCGAGAACACAAAACCCCCCAAUAAACAUGCUCAUAGAUAAAUACUCAAAGGCUUAUGGUAAGCUUGCAGUGUAUAGGCCCAAAUAUCCUCUUUUAUAUCCAAAUAUUACAAGCAGACUGUUAGGAAUAAUAUUAAAUCAAAGAAUACCACCUAAUAGCUUUGCUUUCCUGCUCUUUUUGAUAUACUGACAGCAUCUCAAGGAGCAAUUUAGUUCCAAACUCAAUUUCCAACAACGCUUACCUCCUCUGCAUAUAACUGCAAAUCUUCCACAAACAUUUUAUUUUCUGUCUUUGUUGUUCAACUUACAAUAUUUUUGGGGAUCGUGACAUUUCAAUUUCAAAGGACAUCGAUGAAUGAAUCUACACUUGCAUAAAAAAAUAUAAUAAAGUUUGGAUUUUGUUUGUUACUUGGGUGUUUCAUUUAGAAGAGUGACUUAAAUUUAAGGAUAUUUCUUUUACAACCAUAAAAAACAACACAAAGAGUCCGUAAUUCGCAUAUUUGGAGUUGAUAUAAGGUAAUGGCUCCCAAAACUUCCACUUUUACAUUCCUACAUUUCCCAGAAGGCACUUCGACAGCAUACUUUCCAGACGUUUCUGAGUGAAGAAGAAGUUUUAAAAUUUUGCGACUCAAUUUGUUUGGAGAUAUUUGGAGCUAACCGUGUCAAGAAGAUGUUCCUACCUGCCGAGGAAACAAUAAUGUUCGUUCUGAAUCUUUUUUCCUGGAACAUUGUUAGAAACGGACUUCUUCGGGGUGAGUUCUUGCUAGCUAAGCGACGGGAAAUGUUUGGUGAGCAAAACUGAGAAUGAAACGGCUUUGUAGUAUUUGUUUCAACUCUGAGAUUUGCUUUAUCGUUUCAAAACGACUGUGUUUCUACUUUCCUACUAAAGAUAGUGCGUUACGUUCAACAAUUUUAACUACGUUCGAAGCAACGGUUUUAACGGUAGCAAUUUAAACUGCGUUCGAAGCAACGGUUUUAACUGUAGCAAUUUAAACUGCGUUCGUAGCAACGGUUGUAACGGUAGCCUCGGUAACUUCGCCAUCUUACGUAGCCGUUAACCCUUUAAACCGGACAUUUCUUUAUCAAGCUAAAUUAGCUGUUGUCAUUUCAAGCCGAAUAUCUCCCAAACUGAUCAGUUUUUAUCGCUCAUAAAUGAAACAUUUUUGGUGACAUGUUAGUGGUUAUUACUUAUAUUUAAUUUCCACUGAUUGUAAGAACAAACAGGUGAACAGGACUGCAUGAAUCAGCGACGCCCCAGGUAGAGUGUUUAUGUCUUGUAACUAGGGAUGGGCAAUAUGGGAAAAAAUUUAUUAUGAUAUAUUUUUUUCAUAUUAGCCGAUAUCGAUAUAUAUCACAAUAUGAAAAAUUAAAUUUAACAGUGCUUAUUGGUAGCAUGUCUUUUGCAUUACAAUAAGCUACUGCAUCUGUGAGGUCUUUGUGUCUCUUCGACGUUUUGUCGUAAGGCGAUGUGCUUGGGAAAGCGGACUGAGUGGUCGGCUGUUUUGGCUGCAUAGGCGUCAAUAGUUUUUUUUGUAGGACAGUAGGGGAAAGUCCCGCCUCCUUCGCCUCUGAUUGGCUAGAUAAGCUGGAAACGUCAUCACACACUGAAGCCAAACGUCAGCUCUUUACAUCGAACAGAACAUUACAGAACAUUAUCGCACUUCUGAAUCUCCUAACCCUAACCCUAACCCGACAGACAAUGAUGUUUCACAGCCAUUAGGAAUAACCAAUCAGAGCCCAACACUUCUAGCCAAUCAGAGGCGAAGGAGGGCGGGACCUUCUCCUACCAUCCUACAAAAAAAAAUAAAAAAUUCUGGCACAGGCGCCGUGGGCCUCUUGCUCAGCUCAGGGUUUGUAACCUUUUGCAUUGCAUUUUCUUCUUUGUUUGUUGGUGGGUAUUCACUUUUUGGUCAAUUAUCUCACCAUAUCUUCAAUUGGUUACACAGCUGGCGUAUUUCAUAGGGCGUUACAAGAGGCAGUUUUCUGCACGUACAGAGUGACAAAAAAUAUCUAUCUAUAAUUUCACAUUAAUGAAGAUGAGAUUAAUGUGUAAAAUUGGGGUAAAUCCCCUUUAAUGCACAAGCUUUGUAGGGUUUAUUGCAGUAUUUGCUUUAUCUUGUUGGUUAUUCUCCCUGUUUGUGUAUUUCCCUGUCAGUCAUCCAAGGUAAAUAUGAUGUUUGUCAGGUUAUUGACUUUGGACGAAUGUAUUCACACUGAUAAACGCGCGACAGUGCCUGGAGGGGCCUAAGUGGAAAAGCAAUAAUCAUAAUGGGAUUCAUAGUGGAACAGAGAGGGAAAAAGGCAGAGAUAAGGAGUUCAACAGAAGAGGUAUACAGUGAGGUGAUUUAAGGAAAAGUAGGCAGGAUAUAUGGUAGGAUGAAGGUGAGUUAUACCGAGAAAAUGGGAGUGAAAGAGGGCUGGGAUGGCGAGGAGGAGGAGGAGGAGGAGGAGGAGGGGUUGCUCUGAAGUGAGUGAGAGGGAGGAGAGGGAGAGGAGGGUAGGCAGGCUAAAUCCUCACACCAUUAUUAUCAGGACGCACAUGCAGCCCCUUCUGUGAUGGAGUGAGAGGAGAUAGAAAGAGAUAAAGAAAAGAUGGAGUUAAAGAGGAAAUGGAAAGCAGGAUUACUGGUGUGACAGAGCGGUGAGGGAGAGAGAGAGAGAGUGAGAGGGAGAGAAACUGGUGGGAGAAAAAAAAAGGGAAAAAUCAGUGCAACAGGAUGAGGACCUGCUAGUGCACAGCCUGCCCGACCCCGCAGACCUGCCAUCUGUCCCGCUGUGUUUCCAACGCUCUGACCAUCAACAAACAUCUGGAUCGGUUGCAUCCAUAUGGGAAAAAGAGGGCAUGGGGCGCGAGAACAAACCCAAAUUUUCUUCUUAACUCCUCUUUUUUCUUCACACAGGAGCUGAGAGCACAUUAUCAUCAUCAUCCUCAUCACCAGGGGAUCUUUUCCUGCGGAGUACCUUCAUCACUGAAAACUGGACAAAAAAGAGGGGGAAAACUUUUGCUCCCAACAUGCCAAAACCUGCGUGAGAUUUCCCAACUUCCCAUGGAUCUGUUGUGUCUUUCGCCCCCAAGCAGGAGGAGGGAAAAGGAGGCAGAGGAGGUGGAGGAGCGGGGGAGACAAGAGGAGACGGUGGGGAAGCGUCACAGCAGCCACCACUACCACCACCACCGCCGCCACCAGCGCUGCUGCUACUGCUGUUGAAGUGUUGCCGCCGUCUUCUGCUCCUCCGCUGAAGAGGCAUUUUAUCACUCUCCUCAUCCUCCUGCUUCCCUCGUUCUUUCACUCCUUUCCUCAUCCGAGCAGCAGGGAGCCAGAGGGAAACAGACAGAGAGCUAAGCACACACACACAAACACACACCGGCUGGAUGCUCAUCUUCUGUCACCCUCUUCGCUCCUUUUUUGAUGUCCUGUCUUCACCUUCUGGACCGCUUGUACAUUUUUGCACCUUGACAAACGCAUGAAAAGAGAAAAAAGAAAAAGUGAGGAGUUGAAAUUUUUUGGGGGGGAGAGAGAGAUCACAUACGCUCGCUGUCACGUCGUGAAGUCCUCCAGGGGAGUGUGCAGACAUCCAAAAGCUGCCAAACACACACAGAGUCGGAGAGAGAGAGAGUCACUGUUAACUCGCUCUUAUUCGCUCUCACACUGAGACUGGGUCUAAAUGCACACUCCUACAGGUGCUGCGAGGGGAGAGAGGCAAGUCAAAACCAGGUAAAAGGGAAAAAAAAGACAUUCGGAGGAAGAGAUGGAACAGCAGGAGUUCAAGCUGGAUGACGGCAGAAAGCACAGGUAAGUCUCCAGCACACACACACACUCCCUCACACUCCCUUUUUUUCGUCACUUAAUCUGUCAGGAAUUAUGUAAAAGUGAGCGCGACAGAUUUGGAGAAAUAGAGACAGAAUAGAAUCAAGAAUAAGGAGCUCAGGGGGACUGUGAGUGAAGACACGCAGUAUGAGAGCAGUCAUUCCUUCAGUUUUCAUAAGUGAAGAGUUUCCUCGAGAGAAAGAUCCCAUCUGCUGCUGCCGCCGCUGACACAAACAGAGCAGCCAGUUGUUUCUAAAACUGGAACCGCUGUAACAGGACGUAUUAGCAUUUCUCUGUUUGACUGUGUGCGUGUGUGUGUGUGUGUGUUCACCUGUGUGCAGCCUGACACAUUUGCUUAUGGUUUAUGGAUGUUGGGCUCGCACCGUUUCACUGUGGUAUCAGUUAUCUGCUAAUGCUCAUUGAUUUGUCCCAUAAAUUGAAUGUUAGCAGCUCUCAUUUUUCUCCAUCACUGACACAAGCUUUCUGCUCCACUUUACGCUGAUCAGGUUACAGCAUCGUGUACCGCAGAUUCUUUUAGAGGCACAAUUCAGUUACGUUUACCUGAGGGGGUUCUCAAUAUAGGGUUUGAGGUCCUUUAAGGGUCCCCUGGUAGAAGAAAAAGAGGUCUCAAGCUGGUUUCAUGAAGAAAAUACCCUGUAAAUUCAAACUGUUGUUCCAGCUUCUUUUUAAAAUCCUUGUUAAGACGUCAAACUGCUGCUGUGAACAUAUAUCAGGCACCUCUCACAACAACUCACUUUGGCUUCACAGCUCUUCUAAUCAUGUGGUUGGUGGCCUGAAGAUGAAGCAAAGUGGCCUCAAGUUAAUGGAGGAACUAACUAGAAAAGGCACAUUCAUCUUCGACCACAUUUUUUUGUCUGACUUUUGUGAAAUUCAUGUAUUUUUGACAGCUUGAGAAAAUUCAAAAUCAGCUGCGGUUUACAGUCCAGUGGUGCUCAACGUGGGGUUUGCGGUCCCCAGAGUAGUCUAGAGGUAAAAGGAAAAGGUCUCAGGCUUGAAGGGUCUCAAGAGGUCCAGGGGCGGUACGAAUGGAAAAAAAAAAGCCUAAAAGACGCUGAUCUUGAAAGACGCUCUCUUCCUCCCUCCCUCCCUCCAUCCCUUUCUUUCUUUCUUUCUUUCUUUCCUUUCUUGUCUGUCGUCUUUUCUUUCUUUCUUUCUUUCUUUCUUUCUUUCCUUUCUUGUCUGUCUUUCUUUCUUUUUUUCUUUCUUCCUUCCUUCCUUCUUUCCUUCCAUCCUUUUCAUUUGAUGUUUUUAUUGCUGUUACUUCUUUCUGUUUUUCUUUCUGUUUCGUUGCUUUUUUAUUUUUCCUUUUUGACUUUUUUCCUUCUUUUUUAUUACUUUUGUUUUUCUACUUUUCUUUAUAUUACAGGGACUAUUUUCUUUCUUUUUGCUGUUUUUUUUCUCUCUUUUCUUUGUAUUUCUGUUAUUCAUUUGACCCACCAUCUCCUCAUUUUCUUUACUUCUUUGGUUUUGUUGAUUACAUUUUAUUUUUAUUUUUUUGUAACUUUUAAAAAAACUUGUAAUGUUUAGACUUUAUAGAACUUGCAGACACACUACAACAUGGUUUUGUGUUAAAGCGUCAUAACCAAAUGGCUAAGACUAGAAUGAAUGAGGAAUAAUUGUGUGAAUAAAUGCAUGAGUUAACAGUAUCAUAUAUAGGGGUCACAUGUCUGUUUUAAACAGGUGUGGCGGCAGAUUGGGUGUCUCUGAGGUUUUGAUUGCUUUACGUUUGAUUGGCAGGAGGCCGAGCCGUUAUAGAAAUGCCCCCGUCUUGUCAACGUCACUCAUCUCUGCUGCUGCUGCGUUUCGGCCUCCAACGAUUUCCUGUACAGCUGUCAAAUCUUUAUAUGCGAGAGCAGGCGCCCACUGAGAGACUGGGUGGCAACUGUUGGCGGUUAAAACCCUAAUUAUGAUAAAUUUAUGAGGGAGACGUUAUGCGAUAUGUUUCAUAAUAAGCUGAGGGGGUUAAACAUGACAUGCUGAUUUAUUUAUAUUGAGAGUUCAAUUUGUAUGUUUAUUAGCAGCUUGCAUGGCCUUUUGAGAGCUGCAUGUGCAACACUCACAAGUCAAGUUGUCUUUAUUAUUCAUCCAAGAGGUAGAAAUGUAGAGGGAUGAAGACCAAGUGGAAGGACAGUCACGUGUUGAAAUCUUCGCUAAUUUUCUCCUGUCUGUUUUUUUGACCAGGACAAGGCAGUGUAGCUCUGUUUGACGUCUGUUGUGCAGUCUGGUUUUGUGACUGUUUCAGGUUUUCAUAACCUAACAAGUUGUUGGAUGAAAGACUUUUGAAAGCAGAGGUUCUAGCCUGAUAAUGAAGCUUAUUUUCAACCUGCAUGCUGUCCUCAAGUAGUCUUGACGUGGUGUUAAAUUUAGGUGAUAAAGCAUGAAGAGAACAAAUGAUGAUAUGGGCCUCUUCACCUAAGAGAUCAGGUUUUAUCCUGUGUUGAAACCAGUUGUUGACUUCUAUAACGCACACCCUAUAAUGUUUUGUUACCUUUAUUAAAUAUCUCAUGUACAGUUGUAAGUAGGUCAGUCAUUCUGCUUCUGCAGACUGAAACUAUGACCUUUUCCAAAUCACGAUAAAGUAGUUUUGUGCGUUCAAAACUGAAAAUCUUCAGUGAGCGUCAACAAGCUUGUUUUGUUAAGAUGUACCUUAAGAUUUUGUGCGUUGGGGCACAAAGGUGAGCUGCAUCUUGGAUGUUGGUGUGAGCAGUAUUCCAGAGAAAACGUAGAGGGGGUCUUUGUAUAUUACCCAGAAGAUGGCGCCUGAAUAAACAAGCAACAACUUAAACAUGCAAAACUUUGUAGAUGACAGAAAAGGUAUAGAAAGUGUAUCUUAUACACCUAAUUUUAGAGUUGAUUUGGAGAGUAAAGAGUCGGGGAGGAAUAAAUGACUGCUGCAACAUGGAUUAAAGCCUUGAAUGCUUAGCCAACAAACGCCCUGAACAUUGCACAGGAAAAAAAACAAUCGUCAGUAGUACUUAUUGUAACUGCUUUAUUCUAUGAGUUCAGUGGUCUUGUAUGAAUAACUUCCACACUGACACACACCAUUUUCCAAAUAUUUAAUGGCAUGUGUGCCAGUUGAGCAAGUCUUGUUGGACUGGGUUGGCCCAAUCUUGAACCCUCCAGUUCCUACAGUACAGAUGUGUUCCUGUAUUUUCAUUGUAUUAGCAACGGUUUACUUAGUGGCUGAAGGCUGUAGUUUAAGUCACACACCCGUCAUCUGUAUUGAUGUGAUCUGGUAACCAGUAAAAAAUUGAAUAAUUAAACUGUUACUGUAAUGAAUGACCCUACAGAGGCAUUUUUAUUUAUAUUUUUGUUCUACUUUCCCGUUAAAGGCAACUAGUAUAAAUUUCACUUAAUUUAAAAUUCACUUUUCAGAUCCAGAAAAAUAAUCCAGAGUGUCAUCAAUGCUAAUUAUGAUGUAUUUUUAUAGGUCAAGGCAAUAUUUCAUCUAUUCCCAGGGGAAAUUCAACAGCUGUCCAGCUAUGAAGUAAUUAAGAUUUGCUCACCCAUAAUCAGCGACAAAAUUAACAUCAUGCUUGCAUCAGUGUCUUGAUUGUGUUGCAGGAGAAAUGAUCUCUGUGAGAUAGGUCAUUCUGUGUUGGGAGUACCUUUACUAUUGAAGCAAAAUGUUUUACAUCUUAUUAAGACUGUUUUAUCGCUAACAAGGUCUGAAUACUGUCCCAAUCACAGACUAUCUCCCAGUCAUCAAAGCUUUGUGCGGAGAAAUCAAUUGUGCACUUAAAAGUCAUCAAAUCAAACGUUUCCACUAUCAGUUAGAAAUAGUUAAAUAUCAGUAUCCUGGAAUAAAAUAAUUGCAGCAGAAUAAAUUUUCAUACUGUAAUUUCUUGGACUGAAUAUCAAGUCUGCAUAAAUGAGGCUCUAGAGGAUCCUGAUGUUUCAUACAGCUGUCAGAGCGCUGUGCCUGCAGUAUGUUGAUGAGAGGAGGGCCGUCUACUACAUUAAUACUGGCCCACUAAUUCAGGCUCCCUAAUUAAUGCAAUCAAAUCAGUUUCAAAGGUGCAGCAAAAAAGAAGGAAAAAAAAACCAAGGUUGGAGGCAGACAUGUUGAUAAUACUCUGGUGAUGAUGCUCAUCCCAUCAACUAGAUCCUCUCUGCUCAUUUCCUCUCCACCCCCCGGGGACUCAGUGUAGCGACUCCAGCGUAUCUGAGUUAAGUAGCUAAAUGACUGAAUGUUCCCCUCUGUAAAUACACUGAGUUUCCCAGGAGGGUUGAGAACCUUAACCAGGGGACAGCUUUAAGCAUCAGCUGAACAUGUGGUCAAACAAGUUUUUGGUAUUGUUGUGCAGCAGUAAUAAAGUAAUGUUGGCCUUUACAGUACAGUUGUUGUAUUUGGUAAACAGUCAGAUUUUCUGAUGCUUUAGUUAACUUCUUAGUCAUUUUUGGUUGAUAGCAGAGCGCUGCAACUAGGGCUGGGUGAUAUGGGAAAAAGUUUAUCACGAAAUAUGUUUUAAUAUCAGUUGAUAUUGAUUUAUCACUAAUCGUAAGAGUUCUAUUUUUGCGGGAUGCCGGAUAAGAUCAGCGAAGAUUAACCCGUGCUGGAAAGGAAGUCGGGCACAGACACAAAAUAAAACAUCCGGCUUCUUUUCAAAAUAAAACACUGUGUUUCAGGCGGAUCGUAUUUCCCAUCAUACAAACAGGCAAACAGCAUUUCACCCCGAUAACACCAUAGAUGAGGAGAUGCUGAUUUUAUAAGUCUAGAAGUGGAUUUCCUCUUCUGGAAGGACACAAUCUCCUGAUCCUAUGGUUAGCCUAUGUGUCAAAAGACAACUCGUUAUCGCGUGAUUCUUGCUGUCCGUAAUCCGCCAUGAAAUUCACCUCACAAACGGACCUGGUAGGAAUUGAUGUACAGCGAAAAUCGACGCCGUUCCAGAUGUGGAGGGAAUCCCAGGUUAACCUAUAGUAGUAUCACUAAGAGCUGGCCCAAGCUUGAACCUGAACCAACCCUGUUUGCUUUAUUAGCCAAUCUGAUAUACAUACAUACAUUUCUCUCACACACAAAAUUACAUAGUAUGAGUUUGAAAUGGGCUUAAGACUCAGUAGUGUACAGUUUUGGACACAGCUCUUGUAGAAGUGCAAUAACAGUUGUUUUUUGUAUAUGACCAUAUAUGGACAGGUGGUAGAGCUGCACGGAAAACCACAGCUUUGCAAAAACUGACAUCAAAACUUUACAAUCUCAAGUGUCUGCCAAAAAAGAUUACAGGUAUGUCGCCUUCAGGGAGAAGAGGUUAUUCUACAGUGCUGGAAGCAGACUGUCAUCCAAAGCAAUAUAAAUUUUCUUCAAGCACAAAGAUGUAUUACACAGAGGAGUUGUAUGAAAGUUAAUCACCAGUGCACAGAACAAGCUUUUUAAAAACCCCAAACAGAUUCUCCUUAAUUGGCGGUAAAAUGUUUAUUUUUGCUGCUGAAGUUUGGCAUUGUAACCUAAGGGGGAUUGACUCACUUUUUGGAGCUGGCCUCAAGUGGCCAUUUAAGGAAAUGCUAUUUUUCUCCCAUAUAUUCUUUAAUUCGCUGCCCUCUUUUGUUGUAUUUUUUGUAAUUAGUUUGAUGUUGAAGUUCGUACAGUCUUGUGUAUGCUGGUCCUGAUGGCUUUGAAACCACGUCCACAAUUUACACUGACACUGAAACCAGAGCGCACUUCCGUUCUCACUUGAUCCCCACACGUUGAUAUAUUUUUUGGGAGAAUUAGCGCAGACACACAACAGGAUUUAAGGAUGAUAAGGCCAGAUGUUAUCCCGUUAAUCUCUGUGUGUCUGCAACAAUCAUCUGUUUUCAUUUAUUCAAAGAUAAGAAGACAGUCAGCUGAUUCUGCCGCCUGUUUGUGUGUGUGAUUGAAAUUCAGAUGCCUCACAUUGUUGCCUAACCCUCCUCUGUUCUCAUCUUUUCACUGUCAUAAUCACACUCUGUUAUGUUGCUGCUAAUCUGGAGCAGACGCACCCACCCUCUCCCUUCCACACACACAGACACAGACACACACUGCUAAUCUGAAGCCCCAUUAUCCUGCCUUUUUUCCAGAGAUUACACUGUUAAAUGAACACUUGACCUGCUCACCAGUCGGCAUUCGUCCACUCUGUCCUUGCUGUUAUCAUCUUUUGCAGUCAUCCCACGGUUUCCAAAAGUUCCCAUCUCCCUUUACCAUUUACUUUAUUUUAUAUUUUAUUCAUAUGCUAACUCUCUGAAUGCAAAUAUGCCCGAGUGUUUACACCAAUGACUGCAUUUAAAGAAGGACAGCACGUCUAACAUAAUGCACAUUUGGAGCCAGAGUCUGCACUUUGGAGUUUGUUGGACUUGCAGUAUUGAUGUCUCACCCCGUCUGAAAACAAAAACACACAUUCAACUUACUGAUAAAACAGUAAGGAUCCCUCAGGUCAGUACAAACCACAGGCUAAUAGCUUCUUCAGUUUGCUUGAGGCAGAAACUCCGGGUUAUGAAAAGUUCAGUGACACCGUGCUCUUCCAGCUAAUCGACUUCACACAGCCGGUAGGAGCCUCAUUCGUCAACAGAGCUGUCAAUCACGUCAUUGUGUCCCAUUUCCAAUGUCAGAAAGCUAAUAACAUCAUCACCAGCAGCAGGAUGAGAACAAAUCAUAAUGUCAAAGAAAACUUUCUUUGACAUGCCUUUUGAUUUGACCCAUGUCCCGGACUUAUAACUACAUCCCAGAAACCAUCAAGAUAAAUCAAGUUGUGUCUGUUGGCAUCAUAAUACUUACUCUUUAUCUAGCUGUCUGCAUCUGGAGCAGAUCAUAGAGCAGGUAACACACAAAAUAGUUGGGAACUUUUGAGUUUUUUUUUUUUGCUUUGGCUGCAUAUAAAGUUUGAUAACAGCGUUACCUGGGAUUUCCACCGCAUCAGAAAUGGCUCCGAUCCGGAACCGCAGCGAUUCUCGCCAUACGCCUAUUCCUACCGGGUCCGUUUGUGAGGCCAAUUUCGUGGCAGAUUACGGACAGCAGGAAUCGCAAGAACUCACAAGAACCCGCAGAUUCGCAUGCAAUUGCGAUAUCGACAUCCUCUCAUCCAUAGUGUCAUUGGGGUUGAAAUGCUGUCUGUAAACCUUUCACUUGUUCGUCCCUGCCUCUUUGCACGAUGUGAAAUACGGUCCGCCUGAAACACAGAGUGUUUUAUUUCGAAAAGAAGCCGGAUGUUUUAUUUUGUGUCUGUGCCCGACUUCCUUUCCAGUACGGGUUAAUCUGUGCUGAAUUUAUCCGGCAUGCUUUGGCGUCCGGAAAAGUAGAACUCUUGCCAUCAGCUGCGGAGUCCGGCGUUCCGCAGCGGAACAGAAAGAAGCCGGUGGAAAAACAUUUUAAAAAAAAGACUCAGUUGAUGUUUUUCUGAAGUCUGUCACUUGGAUGUCUCUCUGUGUGGGGGGUUUGUUCAUUUUUAAUCCCCACAUAUUAUGAGUGGGUGGUGGGUUAAAAGCUCCUCUGUGCCUCUAUCCAGAUAAAACGAUAGGUUUGAUAUAAAUAAUAUCAGUGUGUCAAAACAAGCAAUGCAAGGAUUUACAUAAGAAACAAAUGUAAGACAACCUGCUACAGUGUGUUGGAUCUGCAUAUAUUCUCUGGGGAUCUGCAUAAAUCAUGUCUCAGAUGUGGUUUUACUGUAGAUCUGAUCCUCAAUAAAGCCUUUUUUUUAAAUGGAUUUAAUGCUGAUAUUUAGCUGACCAGAUGUCUGAACUGUCUCUGUAUGCGGACGACACCACUCUUUACAUUUUUAAUACACCGUGUCCAUUAGGAUGGACCUUUUGAGCAGCAAACCGCUCAGGAAACACACACACAGAACGAAGAAGUAAUCCUCAGUUUAAGGCGUCUUAUGUCCAUCAUUCCAGCUUUACCUUUCAUUGACUGAAUUUUGAUCAGCAGCAUCUAAUAACAGGAAUAUAUUGCCUUUUUGGGUUUAUAUAUUUAUUGCACCGGGCACUUGAAGCCCAGGAGCUUAAAACCUCAUUAAGAUAAAUGAUUGAUAUACUGAGAGCAUGAAGAGUGAGAAGAGGUGGGACACAUUCAGCCCAGUGUUGCUUUGAAAGGAGCUUUGAAUCAAAGCUGGGAGGUGCUGUUAAUUACCAGGGCGUCUCAGAUGGCCACAGAUGAGACCGACACUCCAUAUAAAAGCUUCUAUCAAAGUGAAAGUGUAUGUGGAGAUCUUUAUUGGCUGUAAGAAAGCUCGUCUGGCUUUAUUAAAGGUUCAAAGGUAUUGAUUAAAUAAAAUGAUAUCUUCAAACCGUAAACACUUGAUCAAAGAUGCUCACUCUAGAUAGAAAUGUGAGGAUACUCACACCGUCUGUUGUUGGCGCACUAAGAAUCUGCUGGUGGUUAUGGCGAUGAACCAAGUUUGUUACGUGCUUAAAAACGAAGAUGUUUCUAAAUGUUUUUCUUUUUCCACGGUACAGAUUUAACUUUUCAAUUCAUCAUUGAAAGGGCAACUGGACUUGUUUGAGGGUCUUGAAGACAUUAUUACUCUGAAAUUGUCGAAUUAUUUGCUCAUGCAGUCACUCACAGUUACCUCGCAUAGACUUUUUUUUUUUGUUUAAACAUUUGAUUGAGCUUGUUUGCGAUAUUUGCGAUGAAAUGCGAGUUUUAAAUAAUUUUCAAACAAUCAAAACCUGUUUUAAUCAACAUUUUACACACAUUCCAGCUUUGUGGAAAAGUCACAGAGAUGUGAAUAGAGGAAAUCCUGUGUAGAUAGAUAUGGGGAUUCAAUUUGUUGCUGAUAUACAAACACAAAAAUUUCAGUUUGAUGGCUGUAAGAAAACGCGCCGAUUUUGGCUUUUACAGGCAGCUGGUCACCGCACCACUUUGCUGACAUAUUUUUCAUCUUGACUUUAAAGAGUUGGACACUUUAAUGUGAUUAAGGUCUCUGCAGCCAUCAUAUUUUAUUUAUUCUACUUAAGAGGAGCAAAAGGGGGAAACACAAGUGAAAGCAAAAGUGACAGCAAAUGUAGUAAAGCCAUGGAGGACUUAUUUGGCGAAGUAAACGUUGAUUAAUGUCAAAAGUUUUCUUUAAAACUGUUGUGGUAACUUAACCUCUGCAGAGAUGACAUGGGGAUUAUAUUUUCAGAAAAGUGUAUAACGUUUGAUUUUAGGCGAAGUCGAUCACCUGCUGCACUUGUUUACAACCCAGAGGCUGAUAAUGUCAGUUAGUCACGACUUUGCCGAGUCAGACCAAAAAUAAUCAAUAAACAUAUUUUUUCGUUUUAUUUCACUUUCGGUUCUGAUUAAGAAUUGAUCCUUUUGGGAGUGAAAUCAAGCCUCCACAUAAAAGAAAGACCCACUUUACAAGGUUUACAAUUGAGGUGAUGUUCACACUACGAUAUUAAUAACUGUGAUUCAAAAAUGUCAUUUAUAUAAAUCUCUAAUGGGAGAAAAUACAACUUUCCUUUUACUCUUUGUUCUUCUUUCUGCAGCUUCAAAGACUCAGUGAAACAAACAUGUUGAACCCACUGAUAGUGGCUGAACAACAUGGUUAUUGAGCUUUUGGCCCACUGAUGAAAGCCCUUACAAUGAGUGACGUGUUCUCCAUUGCUGAGCAGUGGUUGUUCCCUCUUAGAUGGGAGGGGAAGUGACUCUAACAGACUCGGUCUUUAGCCCAAUUGUGUGUGAAGUGGCUUGUUUAUUUCCUAGUCUCUGCCGGCUGUCUGAGCCUCUCCGGAGCAAAGAGGGUCACUAUGACCCGACAGUCUAAGAGGAGGUAGACAAUGACUCAAGUCACACAGAUGACAUUAUUUGAAUCCAUUGGUGGUUGAGUUAAAAUUUAGGAGGCAGGAUCAUGUCUGAAGAAUUGUUCUGAUACUUAAAAUCCAACAAAAAACGUCAGGACCACCAUCGACUUUUUGUGAUAGAUGCUGGAUGGUUCGUUAAUAUGCACAGUACCAUCAAAGAUUUAGUUUGCUUUAAGGCACUUUAAAUAUUGCCAAUGAAUGAGAGAUGUACUGAGUUUCUGCUGGGUCCUAAAAAGUCUUGAAAUGUCUAAAAUUCUCUUAAAGGCUCAUAAAAUGUCGUAAAUAUGAAUUUGAAAGUAGGGCUGGGUGAUGAACCGAAAAUUUACCGAUACCGAAAUUUACGACAAUAACUGACGCCAUUUUGGUGAGCAGCUUGUGGAGUAGUUAUCGUCCAUUUAUCAUUAUCGAGGUGAACUGCUCAAUAUAUCGAGAUAUUAAUUUGAGAUCAUAUUGCCCAGCCCUAUUUGAAAGAUCUUAAAAAUGUCUCAAUGUUAUUCACAAAUAAAGAUUGAUUUGAAGUUAGUAAAAAUGUUCAGAUUUCCCUUCAUCUCUUUUGUACUUUUUUUGCCAGUUUGAAUGUAAAAUGGAUCUUAAAUCAUAUUCAUUAUGGUCUUAAAGAGUCUUAAAUUUGACUUGUUGAAACCAGAAAUAUGACAAUAGUUAUUCAACAGGUCCUGAUAAUAUUCGCAAAUGUGAAAGUGUGAGUGUGAAAUACAAGUUUGACUCUUUCUGUGUUACUAUUGAUCACAGUAAAAAGGGUGGAGUCCUGGUGCAACAGUUUGGGUUACCCUCUUCUAUGUGUUUGUGCGUUUGUUGAUGUGUGUGUGUGUGUGCGGACUCAGAGAUGUGUAGAGAUGGAGAGGUGAUUACAGGCAUCACACUGGGGGGGAGGCUGGAUUACAGAGGAUUACAUGCGUGCACACUUGCACACGCUGACAAACACAAAUAGUUUUCUGCACCACACAAGAGGCUAAAAGCAGGGCUAAUACUCUCAAACAAAAGGGUCAGAGAUAAAAAUGACAAAGACAGUAUUAAAGGAUGAAUUAACAAACAGAUUAUGACCUAAUAUGUCAGAGAAACGUCAGAGAAAUUAAAAGCAGAUUGUGUCUUUCUGACUGUUCCUCUGUUUCUUCUUCUUCUUUCCAACCCUUGCCCCUUUUCUGUCCAUCUUUUCCAGGCAGUAGGUUGCCAACAUGGCCGUUCCCAGGGGGCAUCCUCCUCCCUCCCCCUGGCCUCCUCUUUUCCUCCUCCUCCUCUUCCUCCUCCUCCUCAUCUCCGCCCCGCUCCCUCUGCAGGCCCGGCCGCUCCUCCUCCACCCGUCCAUCAACGUGGCGGUGGUGUUCAGCGGCUCCAGCUACCAGAAUGAGGUCAGAGGGCGUCUCAGUGGGGAAAACUUCGUCGACCUGCCCAUAGUGGUCAGCCCGGUGACCGUGCUGGUCAAUGACACCAACCCUCGCGACCUGCUGACACACCUUUGUGAUACCAUGGCAACAGAGAAGCUGCAUGGUGUGGUGUUUGAGGACGAUGUGGGCUCGGGUGCGGGUGCUCAGGUAUAAAAAUGAUACUGAUGCCUCUUCAUAAUCUACGAAAGCAAAGAGAUCCAUUAUUUGAUUAUUUCCAUGUCAUGAUUUUUGAUGGUGUAACAGCUGCUGAGGAUUAGGGGUCAACACCAUGAACCAAAAAUUUCCUCACUGGGGCUUUAAAGGGAUAUCCCGUAAAAUUAAUUUAGGGACAAACACACCGUAACACUGAGUUAGACACCCCGUCGAGAGAUAAAUGUUGCUGACCGUUUGCUUCUCUAGUUAUACCAACUUUAGUAACAACUGCACGAUAGCAAUACAGAGAGCGACGCACUCAACCAAAACGCCACUCUAUAGCCACAAAUAAUGCUCAGAACAGCACCUAACUUCAUCAACAGGACAUAUAGGGUCACAGCCAUCAAACAUCUUUUUAACUUUGACUCAUUUCUUUAGCAAAGAGACUAAACACAACUCACCUACUCUCUUCCAGCAGCCGCUUGUUUGUACAGAGACCUCGGGCCAGUCCAUUAAAGACAACAGCGGGGUGACGCAGCUCAAGGAAGAACAUUUAUGAUCAUUACUUCAUGGAAAUACAAUCAGACCGAGACACUAAGGUAGAAGAACUACCGCAUCUGCUGUGCAAAAUGAUUAAUAUGGUGAUUAUUACUUCAAGGAAAUGACAAGGUAAUGAUCAUAAAUGUUCUUCCUUGAGCUGCGGCACCCCACUGUUGUCUUUAAUGGACUGGCCCGAGGUCUCGCUACAAACAAGCGGCUGCUGGAAGAGAGUUAAAUUAGACAAAGUUAAAAAUAUGUUGUGUUAUUAAUUAAUUUUAUGCCGGGAUAUCCCUUUAACUUUUCAGCCGAACCAAAACAGUCACAUAUUUUUUGUGCAAACACUUGAUCUGUGUGUUCUUUUUGGUCUUCAGGUGGCUGAAGUGGCACAGAUUCUGGACUUCCUCUCCACUCAGACAGCUCUGCCCAUCGUAGGCAUCAGUGGCGGCUCUGCGGUUGUCAUACCAUUCAAGGUACUGCCAAAAUAAUGAGCUCUGUCCCCUCACUGUCACUCUGGCUUGAACCAGGGCUGGACUGGUCCUCUUUUGCUGUGCUGUGGUCAUUUCACAACCAAUGAAUGUUGUUGUCUCAGAGUUGAUGGAGUCAUAUCCGUCACAUCGUUAAAGAAGUAAAAGGAUUCUCGUAAUAGGAUGAACCUCUAAUGUAAAUCCUGUCAGCAGAAACAGCUCCCCUUCUCACUCUUCCUGUCUUCGUCAGAACUCUUCCUCACCGGCGUCAUUCAGCUUAAAACAACUUAAGUAGGUCAGAGCGGUGAAACCUACUCCGGCGAGCAACUCUCUGCAUGCAAAUAUUUGGAAAUGAGCCAUACAGAUGAGUGAAUUAUCAGCCAUCGACCCUCAUCAGCUCCUCUAAUCCCAGGCUGGGAAGAGUCUGCGAUAUGGGGAAGAAAACUCUGCUACAAGCGAUCUGCAUCUCAAUCCAUCACCCCCGAGCACUUUAAGAGCAGCAGGUUUUUCCUGCGAUGAGUUAGCAUGUAUCUCAUUGAUGAAUAGAGAUGGAGAGCAGUGAGCUGUGCAGUUGGAUAGUAAAGAGAUUGAUGACAGCAGCACAAAGAUUCUUAAUCUACAUUUUUUCUCCACUUAGUUGCAGAACGGCUCCAUCCCUUCUUUUUUGUCGCUCUGUUUCUUCCUCCUGUCUGCCCCUCUUUUCUUUUAAUAGCUAUCUACCAUCAUCAACACCUCGUAUUUAUAGAACCAACUCUCACACGUAGAUACACACAUGCAAAUGAACACGCUCGCACAUUUCGGCGCACACAAGCCGAGCUAAGCGAGCGCAUUCCCACACGCACUCGACUCGGAAAAGCACCAAAGUGUGUUUGCGAGUCGUAGCUUUCACCCACGAGCCAUGUUUUCUAAACCAUAGCAUGUUGCAUUUAUCAUCUUUCCCGCUAAUCAAAAGGUAUCUGCAGAUGUCUCGUCACAGAUGAGUCUUAAACAGGAGGAGUUGUAGCUGCAGGAGGGUGAUUGAUUUGCUGUGUUUUGAUGGCAGAGCUGGAAAAGGCAGAGUGAGUUAGUGAGAGGCAGAGAGAGGAGGAAAGAUGCUUCGAUGAGGCUCGGCUGACAGCUGCCUGAAGGCGAUGUUUUACUGUUUCCCUUCCUUCCUUUAAAGCGAGGUAGUUAUUCUUGUUUUCACACUUCUUUCUUUUCAUUUCCAUUUCAAUUUUGUCUUUUUUUUUUUUUUGACUCUCCCUCAUCUUCUCAUCUCGGCUCGCUCCCGCCAUCACCUUUACUCUUUGACACAUUUAAAUCUAGUUUUUUAGGCUCUGCUGUGCUCCGGCUGAAUCCAUCAAGGUUAUGGCUUGAAGCGAGAGGCCCCGCGCUCCUCUCCGCUCUUUCUCCCUGAGCUCCAGGACCCCAUUAAACUGUUAAUUAGAUCCUUCAGGAGUCUGACACCCCCCCACAGCUUCUAUCUUUCAUCCCAAAAUCAAAACCUCUAACUCCUCUUUUCCUUCUUUAAUUUUGCUGCUUGUACCUUUUCAUAACCUUCCUCUUCCCCCCACCUGCUGCUUUUCUCCUCAAAUUAAUAAGGAGGUGUUCACAUUUACCCCAGAUGUACGUUUGAUACUCGGCUCAGUCACAGUUUCUACUUUUUGAAGCAGUCGGCUGUGAUUUGAGGAAGCUAUGGGUGUCUAGAUCACAGUGAGUGUUGACGGGGAAUUAAAUCUGAGUUGAAUUCUUUAUUUUCAGUCAGUCUUGGUUGAUUUAUAUCAUAUUUUAGUCUGCAUUUUUAGCGGUAUGUCGACUCUUGUUCUUUGAAGUCACAUUUUAGUCAGUGUUUUGAUUAGGAUUGUCUUGGUAAUGACGUUUUUAUAAACAAAGAUCUUUCUCCUUUCAGAAGUUUCAGUGGGUAGAAAAAAUCAACUUUGUUUUGUCAACUUUACUGAAAGUGUGUCUUUCACCUUUACCUCUUUAUUGUCAUAUAAAAAAAAUCAGAUACUGAAAAUGAGGGCUGAACAAUUCAUUAUUUGAAAAUCCUAGUUUCACUGUGGUCCUUUGCACUGGUUGCUGCAUGACUUUCAAUGGAGGAUAGACGAAGAAGACGUAGCAGGCCGCUAAUGAACUAGCUUCACUCCUAAAGAUCUUUAAACGUCAGUCUUUACAAAAUCGAUGUUUACAUGUUUUGAUUAAAAGUCCAGUUUCCAUCAGACUGAAGUGUUUGUUUGACUAUCUGAUUAUCUGAUACUCCAGACCCCAACUACAACUGUUACUCGCUUUAUUUGCACAUUUAUAGCCGUUUAUUCUAGUUUAAACAGUAAUUCCUGCCAAUUCAACCAGCGGGAUCAAGUGAUAGACAAAUGUUUUUUACAAUUUACUGGGUAAUCUGACCUCCUCACUCACUUGCCUCCAAGCGGGCUCCGCUUUAUUCCGGUUUCGGUAAUUGAAAGAAAAGGUGUCAUACAAUUCGGGACACCCACACACCCACGCGAUCAGUUUGUCCUCCAUGUUAGAUACCAGUGAACAACCGUCCAUUUUUCAUACGUCACCCGGCAACCUUCGUGCUGAUUGGUUAUUGCGACGCGAAUAUCAGCUCAAGUUGAGACGUUUUCAGCUCCUGCUCAAUUCGACUCAUUUGCGCUGCCAGAGUAGUACAAGUGUCUGACCGCGUCUUUGCAUUGACGUAACAUGUAAUUCCUACGAUUUUACUAAGUCAGUUAGAGCUCUGUCAUCUGUUCUUGUUUACAUACAGGUAGUAGAUCAUUGUGUCAUUUUAGCUUCAGCAUUUAGUUGUCCAAGGACUAAUUUAGCAGUGAAACAGCACUCUCAUUUAUGAGUUUAAGAAGCAUCGGAAAGUUUGAUUAUAGGUAGUUUUUAAAAACAUUAGAUGAGACAGAUACUCAGUAUAUCACUUAUUGAGAAUGUGUUUAUUUUACGACAGAACUCAGUUUGAAAUAACCAUCGAGAGCAGGUUCCUCUUGGGGUUAGUCUGAAACCUGUUGAGUGACCACCCCUCUCUAGUUUGUAAAUUUUCUGGCCUAAUCAAUGCUGGUACACUUCAACUGUUUUAAUCUCUGUACUCUGACAGCGAAAUGCAAAGAUUGGACGUUAUCUAUCACACUGAGCAGCGUUUGUUUGACAAGCCCAAAGCGUUGACUGACAGUUCUCCGUAUAACACAUAGAGUAAAGCACUCUCAUCAGAGGUCUGCCUGUCAGGGGCCUCACUCAGCCAUCCUCUCCUCACUCCCCCUCGGCCUCUUCCUCUCUCUUCAGCCCUCUUUGUUGUGAGUGGAGAGGGAAAAAAAAGCUUGUCAGAGGUGUCUGGCACAAUGGGACAGGUGGAGUGGAUGUAAAAAGACAUAUGUGUGAGUCUCUGUGGGGGAUAAAAGAGCUCAAUAGUGCUUGAUUAUCAAUAGCCUGAUGAUGAUGAUGAUGAUGAGAAUCUUUGAUGGCGGUUUGUAAAAAAGGAGCAGCACCCGCCCGGGCCGCCUAUUUCUGGUUCCUGUCUCAGUGAUCUCUCUAUGGCAAACACGAGGAAGGAGGGAACGAGACAAAGAUGAAAAGACCGAAGGGAGGAGAGGAAGUGUGUCUUUUGUCAGGCGGAACACACAUCAAGAGAAGGUGAAGAGGAGGAAAUGAGAGAGAGCGGAGAACGGCGGGGAAAAAGGCGUAAAGACUGUUCAAUAGGGCCUGCGAGGAGAACAGGAAAAAUAUUGCAACGUGUCUCUCAGAGGAGUUGGAAAUCAGAGGGUUCAGUGUGUUUUGUCUUAAUGUGUGUGUUUGUGUGUGUAUGUGUGUGUUCUUGGCUGGCUGGUUGUGAGUCACUGCAGUGUGCCGGGUGAUCAUUAGAGGGUGCUGCAUCCAGAUGUUGAAUCAUGGGAGUGGUGGAGCAGGAGGGAGGCUGAGGAGAGGGGGGAGAGGAGACGAGGGAGGAAGAGAAGGAAAAGCUAUCGUCAGAAAUAACAGAACAUUUAUUGAAAACAACAGAACUUCAAUUACUCUGCAUGAUCCUCUACGAUCUGAUAAAAUUCAUCUAACUCAUAACAUAUUAUUUUAAUAAGCAUAUGGACACCCAUUCAUUACAGCCAGUUGUGCCUGUUGCUCUCAGCUUCGGUUCAUUUGGGGAUUCCUUCGUUGUUGUUGUUGUUGUUAUUGUUGGUGUCGGUGUCGGGUGCAGGGGUUUGCUCUCAUUAUUCUAAUGGGGUAUUGAUGUCCAGCUAUAAGGUCUUGUUUGUAUUCUGUGUUCCAGUCCAUGUAAAACCAAAGGUCAGGGUUAAGAGAGUCUGCAUGCCUAAUCCACCCAUUAUCUAUACGGCUCAUCCAUUUCAGGGCUGUGGGGUCUGAACUGAAGCCAACCCCAGCUGUUAUUGAGGCGAGCCGGGGGCGUCCUGGAUUGGCUGACAUGUCAGUCAUGGAGCUGACAUGUAGAAGGACCAUCCACACUCACACCAGAGUCACCAAUUAACCUAACAAGCAUGUCUUCAGAUUACGGGAGGACACUGGAGGGAAUCUAUGAAUGCAUGUAGGAAGCAUAUAAACAAGGACUCCUUCUGUCAGGAAAAAAACGAAAACUGUUGAUCGAUUUUGGUGCAGCUCGCGGACGUAGUCUUUCAGCUGAUCUUACAUGUGCGGUUAGUGAUGACAGUGAAGGUAGUGGCAGAGGUGAUAGAGUGUAACAGUGAAGGCUGAGCUUUGUUGUUGUUGUUUCAGAGUCCCUGUUCAGAAAGAUCUUUAGUCAACUCGACAUUCAUAGCUCUGUGCAUGCUCAUUAAAGUCAGAGGUGAAGAGUUACACCAAAGUACGGCUGGAUAAUGUGGAAAAAUUCGUCCUAUUUCCUUUUUUUUUUUAAUGGCAGAAUUGUGAUCUUGAUUGUGUCGCAGUUUUUCAUGUUUAUGUUCAAGACUAUUUUGCUGUAAAUGGUGAGUUUAUCCACUCAGUAAUAGAUCCUACAUGACUUUCACUUCUUAGUAACUUCAGAUUGGCUUCAUUCACAUGGUAAUCGUAUCAUUUUAGCUUGAGCUCAAGCCUCUACAUUGUGUGGCUGUUACUUUGUACCUGAAUUUGGAACCUGCAUUCAAACUCUGGGGGCUCUCACUCCAGCUGCAAUGAGCCGUUUAAACACAUAAUAACACAGUGAACCACCGCCUGAAGUACCUGAAGGUUUUAAACUCGUUUUGAAUCAAAUUUAGAGGAAUUCAGACUUGAAUUUGUUAUAAAUGAUAAAUGUGAUUAUGUCAGUGUUGAGUAAAGUCUAAAACAUACAGGAUCCGUAUUGAGCGUGUUCCGUCAGCGUCGCGUAUCACACAGCAAAUAGGCUGCCAUUUUAAUCAAUGCUGCAUUUAAAACAGGAAGUGUCUCAGCUCCGUAUCAGAAGCGUAUUGAGGGCAGCUCUGCUAAAGAUUCGCGCCAAGUCUAUUUUAUCUACACAGAGAAGAUCGUCCCAGACAGGAUGUCAAGCACGAAAACCGCACGUUAUCCGGUAUUUCAAAAUAAAACAUCAUACACAAACUCCACUGUGUAUCAGUUUUUGUAGAUGAAAAAUACUUCCUGGUUCUGGAUUUAUCAGUAACGCAGAACAAUCCGGUGGUCAAUCCCUGAUCCAUGUGGACCCCAACAGGACUUUUAACUGCUAACUCUGAAGGUAACAGCAUGGCAUAAAGGAACAUAGUUUACUUUAUUAAACACGAGUAAACCUGCAAAAAACAAAACUUUAAAAUAAUGUUACUUUGUCACAUAUAGUAGAAGCUCAACAGUCACUGAAUUAUAUCAAAAUUAGCAGGAAAUCGACCACAGAAAGGCAAAACAACCUGUUGUGAGCAUGUUGUUUCCUCUCUACUGUCCUCAUACUCAGUGUGCACAGCUUAGAAAUGCAGAGGAUUUAUUAGAUGUUUUGGUUUUGCCGUUUGUUUUCCCUAAUGUUGGAGUUGCAGCUCUCAGUCUGUGCAUAAUGAAGAAACAUGUUUGAGUAUAAAACUGAAACAGAUGCCAACAAAGCUUGUAAAUACUUCAGUCUCUCAGGUUGUGGACGUAUUCUAGUCCUUCAAGAUUUAAUAUUAUGUUAUAACACUCACUUUUCCCUCUAAAAUGAUCUAAAUACAGUAGGCUAGUUUACUAAAUAAAACGGUUAGGUUUUGAUGCUGACAGACAAACUUUGAAAGGCCCGACAUUUACCCUGUAUGAUAUAAGUAUCCAUGAGAUAACCUUAGCUUUUUCUCUCCGUCUCUUUCAAAAGGGACUCUCACAACUCUCAGAGCCCGUUCUCAGGAAGUAAAAACCGAAAAUUGCACUCGCUGUGUAAAGGCUGCCAGGAAUUCAAUAAUAACUUGAGCUUUUUGUGCGAAUCUGUCGAGAGGAAAGCGACGAAAAUCCUUCAGACUGUCACCAGUAACUUCAUGGUGAUGAGAAAAUUCACCAACCCUCAAGCUUUCAGAAAACUAAAAAAAAAACAACAACUUCAAAAACACAAUGGACUGUCUUAAGAAAAUAGCAAGUCGCCAAGCUUUUAAUGUGUCUGAGUGUUAAAGGAUGACAGGAGGGAAAUGAAUCCAAUGUGAUGUUAAAAAGUAUGUAAUUACGUUUGUUAAAAACAUACUGUUGUAAAUAAAUGAGGAUUCAGUUACUUAGUCAUGAAGAAAACAAAUUAAUUACGGAUGACAAAUCUGUCAUUACGGAGCCGAAUUGAAUCCAUCCCUUUGAUGCACUAUAUAAUGAAUGUUUGAUCAUUCACAAGCCUGUUUUCUUUCAUUACAGCCGCAAACAUCAAAUUAAAGGUGAUGCUGGUGACAAUAAUGAUGAAGUUUGGUAUAAACAAAGCUGACAGAUUUACAUGUCUGCCAAAGUGUGCCUCACAAAUGUGCACCUGAUGGAUGUUUGAAGUAAAGGAACUGUCAAGCCUCAGUUUUCACGCAUUCAAUAUCAGUUAGUAUAAUUUUAGGCUGUCAGAGGAUUAUGUUUCUGCAGCCUUGUUUCAGACUUUGUGGAAUUUGAUAGCCAUGAUAGAAUUCCUCUAUUGUACCACAGAGAAAGUUUCACUUUUUGGGUUUUUCCUUUUUGGCCAGACUGACCUGGUUUCUCUGUUUGACCUUCAGUACUACUUGUGCCUCUUUUAUCCGCCUCCCCACAGCUGUUUCUCUUUCGGCUUCAUGGUCCAGAUUCUCCCUAAACGGGUCAUGAUCGCUGUGGGAGUGAAAGCACGUUUAUGGCCUCCUCUAGUCAUUACGGUUUAGCCAAAUAAUUGGGGCAGUCGGUCAGAUGAGGAAACACUAUGUCAAAGGUAGAUUAUGUCGGCUUGAGGCUGGAAAGAUAAUAAGAUUUCACACAUCUGCUAACACCAAGAGGAUAUGAAAGUUCAGAACACAGUUUAAACAGUUGUACAAAAGUUAUACGGACACAUUUUCAGUGACAUCGUCCAAUAGCUUCAUGAGAAAACUUUGGUUAAACUUGACGCCGAUCUCUAUAACGCAUUAUAAAUAUAUACACAAUGCGUUAUAAUCAUGUUAUAGCACUGUAUAACUAUAGUUAUAAACGCUCAUAAAUGAUCAUAACACUUCAUAGCAAUAAUCAUAACACAUUAUAAAGCAUUUUAUUGUGACUUAAAAGGUCAGGUAUUAAAAUGUGUUAUAACUGUUAACAACUCACUGACAAUCCCCACAUAGAUAAUGCAAUACAACUGUUGUUAACAGUUAUAACACAUUAUUAGACCUGACCUCGUAGUUCAUGAUGAAAUGCUUUACAGUGUAUUUCAAUUAUUGUUAUAGAGCAAUAUGAGUGUUUAUAACUAUAGUAAUACAGUGCUGUAAUCUGAUUAUAACACAUUAUACAUAUAUUUAUAAUGCAUUAUCUAUAUAUCGAUCUAUCUAUCUAUCUAUCUAUCUAUCUAUCUAUCUAUCUAUCUAUCUAUCUAUCUAUCUAUCGUUCUAUCGUUCUAUCUAUCUAUCUAUCUAGUGUUCUAUCAUUCUUUCUAUCGUUCUAUCUAUCGUUCUAUCUAUCUAUCGUUCUAUCUAUCUAUCGUUCUAUCUAUCGUUCUAUCGUUCUAUCUUUCUAUCGUUCUAUCUAUCUGUCAUUCUGUCUAUCUAUCGUUCUAUCUAUCUAUUGUUCUAUCGUUCUAUCUAUCGUUGUAGAGAUAGGCUUCAAGUAAAGUAUUACCAAAACUUAUAGAAGUGUACUAAAGUAUGUCUUAAGUAAGAUAAUAAACUAAAUGUGCAUUAAAUGUUAUACUAUAUAAACAUAUUUGGGGUUAUUACUGUUUAAUCACGAAGCACAAAGUAUUUUAUUGAGUACGCUGUUUGAAACCAACAACUGUUUACAUAUUUCAAAGUGGCUGAUGUAUUAAAAACCUAACUUUUUUGCCAAUGUAGACCCAGGCAAAUCCAAAAAGGGCCUCUCAAGCCUUGUUUUGAAUGAGUGUGAAUGGGGUCAAGUGGACGCUAGUGGAACCACACAUGCAGCGGCACCAUGCAUAGACAUGCUGGGUGGAGAUCGAAACAGAGUGAUUUCACAGAAACGUUGUAAAUUUGAUGUUUUACCGUCAAAUCCUUGGUAUCAGAUUCUUAUUAGCCUGAAUUAAAAUUAAUAAUUUCAAUAAUUUCCCUCUAUGGUAAAGUUUGAUUUACUGUGUUUGAUCUUUUUUCUGCUUUCUGUUUUCUUCAGUUUGGUGGAAGUCUUUUCCAUCUGUGUCUUAUUUCAUCAGUCACUGUGUCUGUGCUGUUUUCCUUUUCCUUUUUUCUUUGCUCAUGAUUGAUCAGCCGUCAGCAAUAAAUCAAGUGUUGAUGCUCCAAGCAAUCUAAAAGUAACAACAAAUCGAAAAGAUAAUUUCAUUUCUUACUGCAAACAUUUGUCCAUUUGUCUUUCCCGGGAAUACUGGCACUUUGUCACACACAAGCUACCAUUAAGUGUCUUCAUGAGACGCUUUGACCUUUGAACGAUCUCCAGUUGAAAUCUAUCCGAGGGAAUAUUCGGUGUCAGAGCCUCUGCUCUUACUGACAUCAUUUAAAAAUCUAUAACGUCCCCUGGGAUGGUGGUUUAUGGGUCAAAUAACGCAAACCUCAUUAUGAUUCAAUAAGUAACUUUAGACAACAGAUGUACAUUAUGAAUGUUAUGAUGCCAUCCAAUACAGGUGUAAGAGCUCUUUAAAACAAAGGACUAAAGCUUCAAUUUAUCGACUUUAAACACAGAGUUGUAAAACAUCACAUACUGCUUCUUUAUUCCGGAGCGAGCAUCUGCGUGUGCGACCUGCUUCCUGUUUGACCCCAACUUUUUUGUCUCUGACUCGUGGGGGGAGGAACAGCACGGUUCUCCCCCACCUGCGGGAGGAGAGUAUAGUGCGAGCAACCAGCGUGUCCGCUGUCUUCCUGUCACAUUACCAUACGCUCCUGCUGCAGGACUGCUAAUUACGUCUGUGUGUGACAGCCGCACUGCCGAGGUGGUGCGAACAAGACGGCCAGAAGGGGGGGAGGGGUUAACGCUGUCCUCCUGUGUGAGUGUAGGAAUUACACUACGAUGGAGGUAAAUGAUGAAUAAUAAUUACUUAAUUUGACCAAAAAAUUGAAUCUUUUAUUAUUUUUAAAAGAUUUUUAACAAUCAAACGCCCCAUAUUUGGCAGACUUAGUGAAAAAUGGCACAAUUUCUGCUGUUUGUCUCUCUGUAAAUUGUGAUAUCUCUAUUUAUUUUGGGCUCAGGACACUGUAGUACUCCAUAUUUUAUCCUGAGCCUAAAAAAAAAAUACAAGUAUCAAAUAUAGUGUAACAGUUUACCCAACCGGUGCUGCCAACACAGCCAUAUUUUAUUUAUUCAGCGUCAGUCUGACAGGCUUGUGUACAGCUAUUUUUGUUGCUAUUCUGGUGCACAGCCCAGUCAGUGGUCCAUCAGAGUUUGAGCCUGCGGAGGUGAGUCUCUCUCAAACGGGCUCAGACUGAGAUAAAACUGGUUAAAGCGAGUGAAGGAGAGACUGAGCUGUGAUACUCCUGCGGUACUCCUCGGGCUGAACGUCUCUCUGGGGCUUUGCAGAGACUCGGAGCAACAGGAAGGAGGGAUGACAGUUAGUCACCUCCGAGAUGAGAGGAUCUGAGACCUGGUCCCAAGUGGCUUUUGACAGUUUAACACUUUCUCCUCUCGCUCCUGCACAUUCAUCUAUCAUGCAUGACUUUUCCGUCUUCAUACGUGUGCGAGGCAGCGCCUUGAGAAUUGCCAGAUUUUCUUUCUCCGCUUAUUGGAGGAUGUUGAAUAAAAGAGAGCCCACAUUACCCUGAACUUUGAACAUUUUCACCAGCUGCACCUUCAUUAUCAAGUGGAACUAAAUUAAAGGUUUGCAGUUUUUCUUAUAGUGACCAUCCAGCCUUUUUACAUUAAUCAACUCAGCUCUAUUCUGUUUAAAUUAAACCAUAUUUGUGACUUUAUUUUGGGAGAUUUUUAUGUUGUCUUUAUUUUUAAGUUAGUUUUUGGUCCUUUAUGUUGGAGAGGAUGGAUCAGUAGAUGAAGGACAGGGUGGGACAUACUGGAAAGGCUGGACUACCCACUUCAGGGUGAUAAGCCUUUGGACACCUCAGACACCUUUGACCUCUUAAUCAUCCAUUUGUUUUUGAAUCCACCUGUUACUCUUCAGUAAGACUUGUUAGUUCUUCAUAAUGUAAAAUGAUAUCCCCGCCGGGGUCACUAACCAGUAGACCUGGGUGAUGUGGCAAAAAAACUGAUCGUGAUAUAUUUUGUCAUAUCGUUAAACUGCCUGUUUUAAAGCAUCUGUGCUAAAAACUAAAGAAACUAGAGAUUAGUUCAACAUUUUAUUAACAUACAAAGUUAAUAACAAAACAAAUUGAAUAAAAUACACAAAACAUUUUAACUCAACAGUACAACAAAUGUAGAUAAAUACUAAAUAAUACAGAGAAUUAGUUUACAGUCCUGAGUGUUUUUGCAGGUAUGCAAGACCCAAAAUAAACGAAUCGCCCCCUCAGAGAUAAUGAAGACGCCUUAAAUGUAAACAUUAGAUGAUGGUAACGUAGAUGAUAAGAUUGAUUGCUGCUUAGGUCUGGUGGCUGCACCGCUAGUUGUGGCUAAACUGCUACUCAUGCCGUCAGCAGUGACCACUUGUACAGACUCCGUCCACAUUUUCAUGCUUUCCGAAAUACUUCUUCAAAUGAUUGAACAGAUUUGUUGUGUGGCCGGUUUUUGAUGGCAUCGACCGCCAACAUACCUUGCACACUGGCUUCAUUGCUCGACGUCACUUUGGAGAUACCCGAAACAACGCCACACAACCGACGUUGAAUAACCUCUCAACAAAAACAUCUUCUGAGGAUGACUCAAAGUCACGGCUGACAUCUGAUUUGUUGCGCUCGGCUCCGCGUUUAGCUCCUUGUUCGGUCGUUCUGUUUACUUCUCCUGAAACUUACAGAAGUGAGCAAGAAAACCUCGACUCUGAUUGGCUGUUGUGACGCACAUUUCCGCUAUGUUUGAUCGAGUAAAUAUGCUCACAGCUGAUCACCGUGGUCGAACUGAAGUUUCUCACGAUCAUAUAAUCGCCCAGUCCUACUAACCAGUAAAAAAAGGCGUUUCUUCGCCUGUUUUUCUCCCCCAGUGCACCCACUGUAAAAUCUGGGUCUGUCUCACCCUCCAGGAGCCCCCUCCUCUCGGCCCCGUAGCCUACUUUCUGAAUGCUUUUUGAAGGACGCGGGUUCAGCAGGCCGUGAUAAGUUCCAUCUUAUCUGACAGCACAUGAGAACGCUCAGUAAUACAGUAUGCAAAUGUCCGCUAACACACACGCACAUACAUUGGACCUCCCAUUUCUGACAGAAAGAGAGCAGCAGGACUGAGUGAUUGCAGUUUGAAGACACUUGCACCAGAUUGAACUGAAUAUGAACAAUCAGAGCUGUGUCGUGAAAUCUACGUGACAGUAAAGGUGAAAACUCUCCUUAUGAUAUGAAGUCGAACUUUUUCUUCUCACUGUCCUCAUUAGGAUGUCUUUGUUUCCCGCCCUUCAUCAGAACAUGUUUUAAUGCAUUUGUGUAAAUAUGUCUGCUGUUGAAAUGCUCAUGUCAUAAAUUUUCACUUUUUUAAGAAAUUGCAGAUAAUUAUGAGGAUAUUAAAGACUCGAAUGAAGCCAAUUUAGUUGCUUUUGUCUAUGCAGAGCUCACUAAAACGUUGUCUUUUCCCUUCUUGACUUGUCACUUCUCAUCACCUUAAUUGGUGUCUGUUCCUCUGUGUUGCUUCAUGACUUUUAAGAGAGCUGUUUUAACAAGUGAAAGUCUGCUUAUUUAACGAAAGGACAAAUGAUUAAAGUGUGUUGUCCAAGCCGUGGCAAAAGUUUCAUCCAAAUUUAAAUGUUCUGCAGCGGUGAAAAUGUUAAAGGUGCUGCUAAAAUGAGGAGCGGCAGACUAGUUAAUUUGAAGACCUUUCGUCUGAUCGCUUCGACUGUGGUGGAAAAGUUGAACAAUGAAUCAAAGCCAGCCGAUUCAUCUCUGAUAUUUCACCCGACUGUUCUCUGAGAUGAAAUACUUUAUAACCCCAGUGCCCUGAAACCUCUCCAGAACACACAAUACAGUUUUGAAAAUACGUCUAAAAAAAGUCUUAUUAGGAAACGCUGCUCUGCGCUGAAAUGUCAGGGUGCUUGAAACUUCUGUGACAGCAAACAUCCACCCUGCUGAAGUGUCUCCAUGUACAACCAGCUCCGGUGAUGUUUUGACGUCAUCCACCUUUCACCCUGUGAAAGAUUUCCCCCUCUCUGAAUUCGACUCUCUCUCUCUCUUUCCAGGCUGAAGGGUCGUCCUUCUUGCAGAUGGGAGCGUCUCUGGAGCAGCAGGUUAUUUGCAUGUUCAAGGUGAAGAAAUAUCUCUCAAAUGUCAUCAUGAUGAAGUCUGUUUGCAUGUCUGAGGGAGAAGAACAUCAUGUACAGACAUCCCAGACAUCAGCGGGGUACCUGAUCUAAAGAUGUGUUCAGACUCACACUGAGACAUUCAGCUGGUCUUCCAGUCCUCAUGAGUUUAGACGAGUAUUACUUUCUGCAGUUUUGGGAGUCAAUGGAAUAACUUUGGUUUGAUCUCUAAUACUUACUGGCAUUAUUUUAUAUUAAUUUACCCUAAAAAGAAAGUACCUGUGUUUGUUUUAAGUCAUUUAAUCCUCCUCUUGUUAACGCCACAUUUGACACCUUCUAUCGCUUCUCCACCUGUUCCAGCUCAUGGAGGAGUACGACUGGGGUGAGUUUGCGGUGAUCACCAGCAUGCUGCCGGGCUACGACACCUUUGUGGAUAUCGUUGAAUCCUACACAGAUACCUCUUAUUUCCUGUGGAAUUUCCAGGACGUCAUGUCUCUGGAAAUGUCUGUCGGCGCAAAUGACGUGAGGACCAGGCGCAUGCUACAGCAGGUACGACACGACGGGAGGAUCCCGGACAUGGCCGGAGCGGAUUUCCCGAACCCGUUGAUUGCUAAUUUCACACCAGAACAUUAUCAAGUUGUGUUGUAGCAUUAAAAACUUUUCAAGUCAAAGUCUAAUUGUAAAAAAAGUUUGUUUUGAUGGUUUGGAAACAAAUCAAACCUGAUAUUUGAUUUAAAAGUGCAAAGACAGCACAUGAAAUGCUUGUUUAGAUGAGUAAACUACACACCCUGGAUACUGUCAUGGUUGGAGGAUGAUCCCGUUUUCCAAAAAGAAGGUUAAACUAGAAUCAGACCACAGGACACCACAGUCCAUCUCAAUGUUUAUUUGUGGUUCUCCUUUGAUUUAGUUCAAAGACGAUGUUUUUUAAAGCAUUUUGAGUCCAUGCAGUGAUUUCCUCUACAGAGUUACAUCAAUUUUCAAUACAGCCUCACUCAAGAUUAUGGCCAUCCAUUAUUAGUUCUCAGGCUUUAUCCCUUUGGUACACAGAUUUUUAAAUGGUGAUAAUUAAACCCCUAAAUUUCCUCUAAUUUUACUCUGAGGAGCGUCUAACACAGUCUUCUCACAAAGUCUCUGUUGCCUCUCCUUUAAAUCAUCACUCACAGACCCGUUUUCUUUCUCUAGGUCGACUCUCAGGUCCUUUUGGCUUACUGCUCCUACGAGGAGGCCCAGUACUUGUUCCGACAGGCAGCUGAGGUGGGCCUGUUGGGGCCCGGCUACAUCUGGAUCCUUCCUAGCCCGGCCGUGGGCAACCCCGACAGCCCCCCGCCUCCCAGCUUCCCUGUCGGUGUUAUCGGUGUCAUUACGGACCAAUGGAGGAAGAGCUUGAGGCAGAGGGUGAGGGAAGGUGUCGCUAUUGUCGCGAAAGGAGCCGAGAGCUUCAAGAAGCAGUACGGAUAUAUUCCUGAGGGACAUGGCGACUGCAACAAACCGUCUAAACACUCCGAGAACAUCACCCUGUUCAGGUGAGAUUCAUGUCGUUACCUAUAACAUAAUGUUUCCGAUUCUUCAAUUUAAAAGUGCCAAUUCAAGAGAAGAAUUGAACAUCUCAAACACACAUGAUCCAAGGAGCAAAUUAGCAUGGAUUACUUAUGCACAACCUAUCUGUUAUGGAUGUACAUCCUAACAGCCAGAAAAUCACUCAGCAGGAGCAUCACGCUCUCCACCAAUCAGAGGCCCGUAUCAGCCCCUAAUGAGCUACUUCUUGUCUCCCACGUUCGGCCCCCCAAGGGAGCUUUAGGCUUAAUUAGGAGGUGAUCAUUGUGUGUGUUUAUCUGUGUAAAUGAAUAUGCAAAUUCUCUUGUGAAGUAGAUUCAAAGUCCUGGGUUGCGUACUUUGGUAUGACUGUCUGUCUGUCCCUGUGGGUUGCAGGCACAUGCUGAAUGUAACAUGGGAAAGAAGAGAUCUUUCAUUCAACAACCAGGGCUUCCUCUCCAACCCCUCCAUGGUCAUCGUGGCUUUAGACCGGGAGAGACUCUGGGACAAGGUAAUGAACACCUGGACCUGGAUCACAAUAACACACAGGCUCUGAUGGCACAGGAACAAAAACAUGUUUGAUCUCUACUGCGAGGCACCGUGCACAGAGUAGCUAUAACUGUACAGUGGACUGGCAUGAGCUGAAACAGUGGACCAUGGCAGAAUAAACCUGACAAAGAUCAGAUGCAUCACAUUAAACAUGAACAUAGAUUACCACAGAGGCUGUGGACUGCUUUUGACCUGGUUAGGAGUUUGAGUUUGUGACCCUCUGUUUGAAGUCUCAGGUUUUUCAUUUUGGCCGUAUCUGUCCUGUUUAGUUUGACAUCUGCUGAGAGGCUGAAGAGGUGAUUUGGGUCGUCAAAUGCUUAGUUAUCCAAGUAAUUCAGGUGUACAGUCCAUCUAAACCCAAACUAUAGAUUUAUGUACACAGAAGCACCCAGGUUGUAACAUGGAUGCUUUGACAUGGACUCCAACUGACUCACUUUUAGAACCAGUCUCAAGUGGGCAAUUUAGGAACUGCAGUUUUUGGCACUGAGAAAAUCAACUUCAUUCGUCCAGUUGCUGGUUUCUUUUUUUUCCUUUUAUUCACAUCAGUAUCACGUGUCAUUUAAAUUAAUUCAAAUAUGUUUGCUAAUGUAGGCCCAAAAUUCUAAGUACCAUAAAUCCUCAACUCUAGGUCCCAGGCCUUUUUAUGAAGCAAGCUUUUAUUAGAGGCAGGCCUCUAUAUGAAACUGUCUCACUCUCUUACAAAGAUAACUCUUCAUAGUUUGCACCAAGUGGGGGUCUGAUUCACCAACUCUCGCCAAGAAGACUUUGAAUAAUUCACAAAGUACAAAGGGUUUAAAGCUCCUGUAACGUUAGCAUCAAUCUUAAUAGUUCAUUAUGUCGUCAUUUAGAGCUAAUUACACCUCCUUAUUUCUAUCCCUGUGUGUAAAUUAUCCAACAGGCUUUAACUGAAGAUUGAUGGUUUAUGUUGUAUCUAAGCUGCAGUGAAACCACCAAUGUCAGGUUAAACACGGGCAUGCAGAGGACCAAUUGCUCUGCUAAUGUUAGCCUCUUUUGGCCAAUAUGAGAAUGUAUACCUGCACUUUCUGUGAUCCCAUCUGCACUUUCUUACUUUGAGGCUUGUUGGUCAGUUGAAAUUUAGAUUUUCAAACAGAUGGUGAGAAAAUAAGACACAACAUUUUAUAUAUACUCUACUUUUACACUCAAGUAAAACCUCUGACAUCAAAUAUAUAAGGACUAAUAGAGUAGUAACUAAGGAUGUUUAGAUUUGACCCAGUAAUGUGAGCUUGAUAAGAAUCCCUACAAACACACGCUCCAUUACUGUAAAGUCUCCUUAUUUUAUCCCUUAGCUGUGUUUCACAUCAUCUGCUGCAGCUCCAGCUGUGCAGUCUGUGUUGGUGAACGGCCAAAACUCAGCAGGACAAACUAGAAUUACUAAGUUCCUGUUGUUUGAAAUCAUGUACACGCUCUUGUCUCUUUUACCUUACACGUAAUCUUUGGCCCACACCUCCACUCUGUUUGUACUGUGUUUAUUUUAAGAUGUAUCUAAAUAGAAGAAACAAAUUCUUAACAAGUGAUCAGAGCAUAAAUUUUAACGUAGUUUGAAAAUUAUUUAAAGGUACAAGUCAGCACAUGAUUCAAAAUCAAUAACAUUGUGUGUCUGUAUCUUUCCUGUUGCUAUAGGUUAUCCUCACUCCCAUUUCAUCACCAGGGGGCCUUGCAAUUUUCUUGAGUAUUUUUAGCCCCUGUUACACACACACACUCACACUCACACUCAUACACACACAUUUCAAAGCCUGGGGCUGUAUUGAAAAAGUGCGCCUAAACAGAGAGUCCUGAAUGUAAUCUCACAGCUACAGUUGAACUCAUUUAUUUCUACCCUGCAAAGACCAACCCACUUUAUCAAUGUCACCUCCCGGCUGCUGUGUAUGUAUGUAUGUGUGUAUGAAUGUGGACAUGUAAUAGCGCUGAAGUGGGGCUCAGUUUGGAUGUGUGUUGAUCUCACAGUCGCACUUGUGCAGUCGGCAGCCGCCCGCUCAUGCACCUAAUCCUUACAUUAUGUAUUCAUGACCCUCGGAUGCGCUGUAGAUGUGUUUCUGCUGUUUACACACACUCACAACAGCUUGUAGAGGGUUAUUGUGCAAAUGUAGCUUCUCCUCACCUUCCUUAUCACUGCUCCUCGUGUCUCUUAACCCUUGUAGUGUCAGGUCGUGGUGUAUCUGCUCUUUUUAAUUGUCUGCCCUCAGCUGUGACUCUCUGACAGUUUAGUACGAUGUUGUUUCCGAUGACUGUCUGCUGGGUGACAAUUUAAGAGGGCGAGUUCACUCUCUACCAGACUGCUCGCCUGUUCGAUCUGUCUCUUUUUCACUUACCUCAACUUUUCAACCUCUAGAAUCAACACAGAAAUCAAAAUACGGCCUUGAAUGCAAUUCAUGAACAGGACCAUGAGCGUAGUUCAGUUUGAAGACACUUUACGACUGCUCAGAUUCACGUAGAUACGAAUAAAUUAGGUCAGAUCUAACAUACAGUUCGAGGAAGGUGCUUUCUUUGUUCGAUAUUCCUUUACUAGGGGUGUCCCGAUACAACCUUUUUACUUGCGAUACGAUACCGAUAUUGUAGCCUUCAGUAUCGGCUGAUACCAAUAUUGAUCUGAUAUUAGCACAAACUUGUGCAUGACAAGUUUUGCAUUCAGUUGUAAUGUCUUUUUCGGACUUUAACGAAAAAUACUGCUACACAGUCGAUAUCACUCCUACUCUUUGCUACUUUGUUGUACCUUAAUACACACUGUUGUUGUGAUCACCUGGGCUCUACAUGCUGAAUCAGGGCGCUGCUAGCUAGAGGUGCUGGAGUGGAGUCUGGAAUGGACUUCUUGUAUCUGAGUGCUGAUAUUGGAGAUUUUUGAUACAGGCCGAUAAAAUCCGAUAUUUGUUUUUUGGCUGAUAUCAGAAUGAUAACCGAUAUCAAUGUCAAAAUUUAAAAAAGUCAGACUAUAUUUUAUGAAAAAUGAUUCUUGUCUUUAGGGUUAGUCGUUAUCAGGGGUGAGAGGAAAAAUCAAUACAGCAUAGUAUCGUGAUAUUUUGUCUGUUGAUAUAUCGUUUCAUCUCAUUUACCAAGUAUCGAUUUUUUCAAAUUCAAAGAUUUAAUAAAAACAGUGUUGCCAAAUCUGAUCAGAUGUUUGGUUGUUUGGCUCACUGUUACUUGACUGUUUCAGUACUCUCUAAUAACUCUGAUUAACCUCAUUUCCAGAAGAAGUUUGCUGCAGCAAGAAAACACAGACUCUAUUAGUGUGUCUGCAUGCUCGGUACCCAGCAGACAGACAAAAUUAACGACUUUCCUGUGAACACAGAAGAGCGUUUUGGAGCUGGAGAGCCAGAUAGUAGUUUGAAGAGUCAGUGGAGGCCAAAAGAGAGCUGAAAAAGCGUUGGCUAAAGUUUGAAACUCAUCAUACUUAUUUUUCUGUCAGAUUCAACGUAUAGGCAAAUUUUUACUAAUAAGUUUAAUUCACUUGAUUAUGAUACUGUAAACUGUAUUUUAUCAUUUUAAGUUAGAUACCAGAAACACAUUUCCAAAAGUCAGGACAGGGGGAACAAAACACUGGAUAAGUUCUCUUAUAGUAAAAUGAGCAUCCAAACUAGACAUGAUCAGACAUGACUCUGCAGUAGAAAUCACUGCAUGAGCUUCCAGACACCAUUAGUGAGAGAACAGUUGGUCACUGCAUCUACCAGUGACUUUCCCAGCCUGUUUAAGACGCGCUGAGACAAAGAGGAAAUGCUGUGUGGUGAAAAGUUUGACAUUCUUUAAGGAUCUCACAUAGUCUGGUCUAAAAAGAGAGGGACCAACCAAAUGUAGGGGGACAUCUGGGAGGCAGUAUUAAAACUACAUACACAGUAUACUGUAUUUGGCCAGUGCCCUUUUUGAGGGAAACGUUGCAUAUUUUGGCAAGACUAUAUUCAUGCAAAACCACUUCUGCACAUAUUACAACAGUAUGGCUCCUUAGUAGAAGAGUCCAGAGGCUAAACUGACCCACCUGCUGUCCCAAAAAUUGGACAUUAUUUCACAUCCAAACUUCAUUAACUGAACUCGUCCAUUUGUUCAAAUCAGAGGCGAUCCAGUAUAAUGGAACCAGGCCGAUAGUCACACUCUGAAAUACCUGUGUACAGGUGACAGGUUUGGAGAUUUCUGCAACCGUCUAAGUAAUUGAGCUGAAUUAGGGAACUACCAAGACCUUCACACUAGAUCUCAACCCGACGUCCAGUGAUUUGUAAAAAAUUGACACUUAACAGCAUCUUGAGUGUGACAAUAAUGGAGAUGACAGAAUAGCUGCUUAACAUGCCCUGUGGGAGGAAAAGACUCGUGAGAAUCCCAGACGAAACAGAUUGAAAUGGAUGAUUAUCCACAACUGUCGUCUCUGCGAUUCAGCCGGUCACAGUCGGUGCAGAAACACAAAUCAGCCUCUCGCUCAUCUCCCUCUACCUCCAGAUUUGUGAAUCAUCCGUGUGUGACUGAGUGAGAGCCCCAGUAUGAUGGCGCAGAAGAACAAAUCUUGAGUUGAUAUGAAAAAGAGGUCUCAUAAAGCUUCCAGGGAGCGAGUUUCACAUGCAGUAAGUCAGCGCUGGCUGAGCGCAGUAUGGCUCAUUAGGCCUGGAUGAUGUGACAAACAGUGCUGGCUCUCACAUGGGGAGUUUUCACCGAGCUUAGUGGCGACAUUGAUGGAAUUACUCCCUGUGUAAGUUGAUAUCUUACAGCACAUCUGGCUUUCUAGGAUGUUCAAAAUCCCAGUACACUACUUUUUGUUGAGCAGAUAUUUCAGUCUGGUCAGUGAGGAAGCAUUUCCCCCCAUUUUUUUCCCAAAUAUUUGAAGCAGCUCGACAAAAACAGCCAAUAAUUCCUGUGCAUACACAACACAAACCACAGGAGCAGUUCUUAUUAAUGAACAGUGACAUUUUAAUUUGUCUACUUAGAUGGAAAAGAAAAUUAAUAAUUGAAUAAUCACUCUACAAAAUGAACACACGGAUUAGAGGCAACACUUGCUUGGAUGUAUAAUUAAAGUGAUGCAGUCAGCUUCCCUCUUUGUUUAGUUCCUGUCUCUCUUCUUUUUUAUUUUUUUUGUCUAACUCAAAGACUUUAAAGUCUCCUCAGUAUGCAUAAAUCAACUCUGCUCCUCUUUGAUCUCCUAAUCCUCUUCAUCCAGGUCAGCACAUGCUAAUUUCUCCUUCAUAAAGUUCGGGGAAAAAAAGCUCGUCUCCUGGAGUACGCAACAACAGGACAGGUGAAGAAAGAGGAGUUGACAAGCAGAGACAAAGAUACUACAUUUGAAAAGGUUUUUAGAUAUUUAACUAAAAAAGGAGAGCAGCAGAGAAGAGAGAAAGAGAAAACAAAUGAGUUUACAUGGACAGACACAGGCUCACAGGAGCUGCAGGUAAACAAUCUCUAAUUGGUUUACCAAUGUUAGGGGAGUUAGCAUCACAAGCUUUUACCUCACAGGUAACAUUUGUGUCUCGUCGAGUCGUUAUGUGCCAUUUUCAACCAGACACAACCUACGUAUACAAUAUUAUUUCCAUGUACAGAUCAAAAUACUGCCAAACUGCACCUUGUCAGAUGUGAGUGGCACCUGUCUGCAGUAAAAUAAUAAUAAUAAUAUUAGCUUUAGAUUUAAACUGGUUUGUAAUUCUGGUGGUACAACUUCAUCUCAGUUGUCUAAAUCAAAAUACUGCUGUAAGAAAUGAUCCAAAGAUACAGCAUCAUCUACGUUUCUCUACAUCAGGGUGGUAGAACAUCAUGACAGUGACCGUUCACUGGAGCUACAGCUCAGCUUCAAACUCAAGGUGGAGCAACACAUUACUUUAGAGACUUAACAGAUAAACCCAGUUAUUGUAGAUGUCAUCAUCCACUUCCAGCAUCAGCAGCCCAGUGAAAAAAACUAGAGACUGCUUCAUUCAGAACAUUAUCAUACUUUUUUAAAAGUGUUUUUCCUGCGUUGUGUUUAGAUUUUUUUUAUUUCCUGCAUUGUUAGAGUUUGCUUUCAUUCUACAGGAUAGAACUUUUGGUAAAUCUUCAAUUUAGGAGCUGAAUAAAACAGGGAAAAGAAAAUGUAAAAGUUGUUUUUGGAUUUUUUAAAGUCUCUCAUCAUCUGUUAGACGGCUGCUAAAGCUGCUGCUUUGUCUCUCCUUGGUUUUAUGAUAUGUGACAACCAGCGUACACGACUGCUACUGUGAACUCACUAUAUAACUGAAUGCUUGCUUUUAUUAUAUCAGUAUAUUUUCAUGGUUUUUGUCAAAACUGGUAUUUUACAUCAGUGCUAGUACCGGGGAUUCAGCUGCAGACACACAUCCAUGCUUCUAAAUCUCUAAUAGAAGAUCAGAAUUUUAUCAGAUGAUCUUAAUUUUGUGUAUAACAUGUAACCUUGUUUAAUAAUUUCAGUUUAAAACUACAGUGGUUUCACAAUAUAAGAUGAUUUGCCACAAAAUAUCACUGAGAAAAGGAAAAACUUGAGCUAACACGGUAGACUCCAUGAUCCAGUUUAUGAAGUCCCCUUUAAACCUCUCUGCGCCUGAACUUAUAAACGAAGAGUUCUUCAUAUUUCCCCCUCUCUCUCCAGGUCGGUACGUACGCUCGAGGGAUCCUCCAGGUUCGCUACCCGGUCUGGCCUCGAUACGGAAACUUCCUCGAGCAAGUAUCGGAUGACCGUCACCUGACUGUGGCCACGCUGGAGGAGCAUCCUUUCGUCAUGGUGGAAAACGUGGACCCGGGUACUGGGACGUGCGUGAGAAACACGGUGCCCUGCAGGCGCCAGUCCAAUCAGACAGAGAGGUAACUAUAGCAACACAUGUAAAGCUUGUUGAAUUUGUUAAGGUUGAGUUUGGAGUAUUGAACUUUGACUCAGGGUGCUGAACGGAUGUUUUUCUGUUGGUUAUAUCAGCUACAGCCUUCACAACGACAGUCACAAAGCUGUGUUGUGAGCACAGUGAAAUGUUUUGGUGCUGCAGGGACAUAAAAGUGUUUUACAGACGUUUGUUGGUAUCAGGACACUCAGGAUACUCAGGACAGUCAAACAGGGACGUAUGAUUGGCUUGUAAAUCCCUGAUAUGUUUCAUCAGCUCCUGAGCAGAAUUACAAACAAAACCGUGUCAAAACAACAGUCUGCAGUCGCAUUCAUUACAGGUUUUCUCUUGUCUCUGCUUGUUUGAACAUAAUGAAGACAUUGUGUAUUCCUGAUGUGCACCACUUGUAGGUAGACAGAGUUAAUAGCUGUUUAAUGGCUGUUUUCUGCCGUGCUGCGAUCUGUGUUUGACACCGGAGGUGUGUUUUUAAAGUGCUUAGACACUGAGCACACACAAUUACGCUGUGUUUAAUGAAGUGUGGAGGUUUGCUGUGACUACUCAGUUCUAAACUAGGGCAGAGAAACAGAGAGGGAGGGGGCAGACGUCUGUCUGCAGGACUGGAUAUCAUUUCACAGUUUCCCAUGGCAAGUUGGAGCCGCAUACUAAAAUGUCACUUUACUCCACUUAGAUGGAAUGACUUACAAAGCACUUUUCCAGACGAACUAAAGGAACCAUAAACUUACAAUGUUUGUCUCAACAUGAGCAGCAGAAAGACAAUGUUUAUUCAACAAAAGAGUCCAACAUCUGCCCUUCCUGUUUUUAUUUUCCUGAUCAGAGAAAACGCUCGAGCAUCUACAAACAGCAGGUAACGACUCACAUUUAACAUCCUCACUUCUUUCAGAGCUUUUCCUCAGGUUUGAGUUUCUCCUCUGUUGCUUUAAACUUCAACUUUAAACUUGAACUUUUGAGUCAGCUUGAGUUCUGAUAUAUGCAAAAAUCACUUCACAACAACAAGAAAUCAAAUUAAAACUACAUGAUGCCACUUGUGCACCUGUAUCGCUGCUCCUGCCAGGAAGUCAGUCUGUGCCGUCUGAGGAAACAUCACAGUGUGACGUCUGUCAGUGUCUGACAGCUUACCUACCACACCCACCGUACCUCUCUGCUCUGACUUUACUCAGAGGCCUUCAGGCUCACACUUGAUGGCGGUUCAGUAAUGUUUUUGCUCUUGGCGAAAGACUCCUUCACCUCAGACUUCACCUGCAGUUGCUCCUCUCUGCACUUGGAGUUUGUUAUGAUAGUUUUAGUGGCUUAUGUUUAGAUAGGACAGUAGAUGGAGAAGUAAACUGUGAGGAGACAGUGAGCUUUGACAUCCUGGGUGACCUGCUGCUAAGAUUGUAGCCUCUUAUCAUGAGAUGUGAAGUUUAACUGCUAAGUUACUUCUUCACUGGGUUGUCUCUUGAGAAUUCCCUCCUGUCCUCAUUCCUCCUACCUGCUGUUGAUGAUGUGACUUUGUGUUCAUGCUGCAGUAUCAUUCAGUGCAUUAACAUGAUUUAAAAAGACCUGAUUUAAAGGGUCAGUACGGCUAAAACUGGACUCUGAAAAUGCAUGAAAAUAUGUCAGUUUGGCUAGUGAAAGUCAGAUGUCUCAGAGUUGGUCUAACUGGUCUAGCUUUUGGUCUAACUGUUAAUUCUGCUUAUUGAUUCAAUUCCUCAGUCUGCCUUCUGAUUCAGCCUUGUCAGCUGAUCACAAUUACAGCCUCUGAUUGGUUGACAGACCAAAACAGAGGUGGAUGCCUUCCAUUAGCAUAGUCAGAUAACGACAGAAAUUUCACCGUUCCUCUAAAAUCGAUUCAUAAAUCACUACAGGUUACUGAGAAAUCCAGUCAGUUUCUGAAAACACUCUGAAAAUCCUCUGUGGGAUUCAGAGCCUCUAGAUGUUAGAUGGAUGAUAUAUUUUUCUCCCGAAUCGAUUUGAUUUUAAUUGCGAUUCUACGAUAUUGUUGAUUUUCUCGAUAUUUAGUCUGCAUUUUUAACACCAGCAAAAUAAUUGAAUGAUUAUGAUUGUCUACUGAUUAUUCCAGGAACCAUAUUUCCCCAAAAAAUACACAUCACAUCUAAGUCAGUUUUUAAGAUUUAUUAUUCUUCAAUUUGAAAAAAAUAAAUAGAUUUAAAAAUUGUAAAGCAAAAAAUUGCGAUACUUAUGUAAAUCUAUUUUUUCUCCCACCCCUAACAGAUGGUGUCGGUCUCACUAAGUGAGUGGAUUUUAUUUAUGUCAUCUCUUCUAUAUGAAGUUGUACACACCAACUUCAGACAUUUUCCUGACCUCGUACACAUACGCAACUAGGUGGAAGAACUUAGCUGAAUUUUGUGAUAGGUUUAAUGGUACCGAAGUGCGUUAUUUUCAUAUUUUAAGCUCAGAGUGCUCUGCCCUAAGAGCUACAGUGGAGUAGUUUGGAAAAAGAGUUACCGUAAUCUACAAUAAAGCAUUAAUUUGAUCAAAGUAGGCUUCAGUAUCUCCUGUUUUACAGAAGAAAGUUGAUAUAAAAGGCUAAUAUCACCUUAUUGUUGUAGAUAGACGAGGCACAAGCAGCUAGCCUAGCAAGUUAAGAUGGCCACCAAAAGAUUAAACCUCCACUUUAACAGUAUUUAAUCACAAACACAAUACAGGUUAUUAAUGCCAUCUUUUCUCUCUCUCUCUCUCUCUCUCUCUCUCUCGCUCUCUCUGUGUAUGUAGAUUGCAGAUCUGACCACGGCUGGCACAUUAAUUAGGGAGAUAUGUAGCAGCCGUUGUUGGGUGCGAUGGCACAUUGAUUGCCAGUAAAGAAGAUUUAUCUGUGCGACACGGGGACAUCUGUCAUAGCAUGGCACAGUGUUAUCCCCUCUUACCCUCUUCUCUCAGUUUCUCUUGAACAAUUUCUUUCUCCGGCUGGCAUAUCCCAUUAUUUGGACACAGACCAACAAACGAGGAGACGUAAAAGAGGGAGAGGGGACCGCCGCUGCAGAGAUCAGUUAAUCUUGUUGUGUGGUCAGAGCCGCUUCCUGGCGGCGCAGAUGUUUAGCAUGAUUAAAACUUGUUGUCUGGCUCAUUAAAGACCUGCUCUUUGGACGGAUGAAGGCCUCUACUGUCGGAAAACGAGCCCGCACUAACACUAAAAUCCAACUUGAAAUAUGUCGACUGUUCAUUUAACGGUAUAGCAUACAGAGAGCAGAUGCUAAAUGUUAGUAUUGUUCUAACAGCGAGCUGGAUGUGAGAGGAUGUGCUGCUGCCUGAAUGUCAUGCUGGUCAUUGAACGCACCACAUUACACACCAAAUUGUAAAACACUGAAAUUGUAUUGCUUUGAAGAUGAGGAGGAUGGAUAAGCAUGCAGGGUUUGAUUUUUCAGACCUGCAGAUCUGUGACUUGGUUUUGGAUUUGGAUUUGGAGAGACUGUGUUUGUUAUGGCGAAUGAGUGGCGUGCUAAUUCAACAUCAUUUUUCUGGAAUAAAACAUGCUUGUGUGGUUUUUAAAGACCACGACCCACAGGGGAGUAGGUUUGAUUUUGACAUUGGUGGGGACACAAAAUUGUCCUCCUGACAUCCUUCAAAUCCGACACCACACACGCACAAACCGACACAAACACAACUGUAAAUGUAAAUGACAGCCCUGAUAUUAAAAUCUGUUUAAGCUGACAUGACCCAGGCACAAUACGCCAAACAUGUUGACAACUUCCUCUUCGCGGUUGCAGAUAACCUGCACUGUCUGCCUCCCGUCCGGUCCAACUAGCAGGUAACUUUUACAGGCAGAUGUAGUGACAGCGGGGACAGCCAAACACAUGUAUGUAAGUGAAAAACCGGCAGCCAACCGAGGAGCAAUAUUUAGGUUAGGCGAUAUUUAGGUUAGGGGGGUAGGGAUGUGUCCCUAGGGUCUCUACCCAAUUCUACACCCUUGGUGACCUGUGAAAAAAGUCCAGGACUCUGACCUCAGCCUUAUCAGCACUUCUGGACUGUGACGUUGACUAUGAGUCGGUCCUGAUCCUAAAACUCUGUGACCCACAUCACUAACGCUCCUGUUGCUGAACAGGAGGAAAUACCUGCCGCUUGGCUGUGCUGCGUGGAAUCAAAUUUGAUCACGUUGUCCAAAGUGUUUGUAUCAUAUUGAAUCGCAUCUUAUCGUAAUGAUUUUAUUUAUUACUCCUGCAUGAUCAUAUCGAAUAUCCCCCUCUUCCUCCUCCUCCUCCUCCUCGUCCUCCAUCUGUCCAGCUCCUGCCCUCCUUUCCCUCUAAUCUGGAGCUGCAGCCCUGUCAGGCCUCGUCUCGUUGUUCGCCAUGUGUUUCCUGUCUGCCGCUCACCUGAGAAUCCUCCUCUCUCUCUCUCUCUAACUCCCUCUCUCUGGUCUAAAUCCCUCAUGGUGCUUCCCUCCACGCUGCACCAGUUUCUGGGCAUUUUUUGGAGAAGACACACACACACAGCACAACACAACGCAACACAACACAACUGCUGCUAAUCCUCUAAGGACACUGUACUAUGUGCGCAUGUGUUUGUGCGAGAGACGGCACAGUUUAGGUGUGUUUGAGAGUGUGUGUGUAUUGUCAGUGGAGUGUGUAUAAUAACGACAGGUGGCCAGCUCCUGCAGCAAUUAAUUAACGCUGCGUUUAUGGGAGCUAUUGACUCCUCCUGAAAGAAGAGGAGCUUUCAAAAACACUUAAAAAUUUCGCCUAAAAUGAACCGUCGAAAUAAUCAACUCGAAUGUUAAUUACUCACUUGAAUUCUUUUCAUUCAAUCUCCUGCUCAUUUAUUCACUCACAUGCUCUUAUUUUAUCACGCCUCUGCUCUUGUGCUGACUCAUUGACAUGCUGCUCUUAUCUCAGUCACACACACACACACACACACACAGAGCGUGAUUCAGCCCCUGUAGAUUUCAGGCCUCCAGCUGCAGAAAAGCAAAAAUGAAGUUUUUUUGACUUCAUUUUCAAUCUGUUUGCUUUUGCCUCCGUCCUCCUCUGCUGCACCGUCUUUUUUAACGUUCCCGAUCCUUUCCCUCUCUUCUUCUUCUUCUUCUACACCCCAUUAGUCAGCGAGGCCAUGUAGAGGAGGUGAACAUCCCUCACAUGCUUCACACCUUAAUGGCCUUUGAUUAGAGGCCAUCACAGUCGCUCAGACAUCCACUGUCACACUCCCUCUUUGUUUGUGUGUGUGUGUGUGUGUGCGCGUGUUUGCAAUCUCAGCCAUCUCCUCCGUCUCUUUGUCAGACGCCUUGUUAACACGCAUUGAUUUUAGCUAAUGAACCAGCCAUUUCUGCUCUAGACAGCGACCACUGCGAGCGAGCGUGGCGGCUUUUUUAACUCCCGCUCUCCCAAACAACAUCUGCUUUAAUCUGCCGUUCCAAAAAUAACAACAGUCCCAGUCGUCGGAUCUGAAGAUUUUAGAAAUAGAGCUGGAUGUACUGUUCGUCUAACACUUCCCUUUCUCUCUCUUUCUUCCAAGUAUCAUCGGCCACUCGGAGUCCUACACCAAACUCUGCUGUAAGGGCUUCUGCAUUGACAUCCUGAAGAAGCUGUCCCGCACCAUCAAGUUCUCCUAUGACCUCUAUCUGGUCACCAACGGGAAACACGGCAAGCUGGUUCGGGGGACUUGGAACGGCAUGAUUGGAGAGGUGAGAACAAGUUUGCACAAUUCUGAAAUGAGUUGAGCUCUGGAUAUUCCUGUACCCUGAGUACAACAGGUCCUGUGUACUCCGUGAUCAGACUGGAUCUGCUCUCCUGAGUUUGCUUUUUUCCUAAGUCCAGAUCUGGCUCUCUGGACAUGUCGGAGCAUUUGAAAGGUAGAGGUCACAUAUUUUGAACGGCAGCACUUGGAGAUAUGAUUUGUUUUUCAGGUGUGAAAUGAGAUGGCACCUCAUUUCACACCUGAUGCUUACGGUCUAAGCAUCAAAACAUCAAUAUAAGGAGUUUGUGUGAUGAAUGAAAAGGCUUGAAUUGUCAGGAUCUGAUUGUUUCUUUUUUUUUUGUUUUUGCACUGAGAUACUCAGGGUGAUGGAAAUCAUCUUGGCAGUACCUUGAAUAUUACCCCAGACUUUGGACUCAUCUAAGUGUUUUCUCUGACUCCAGUAGUCAUUUUCUGGCCCUCACCUGUAUUCUUAGACCCAAAAGCAGAUCAGGAAACCAAUCAGAGGAGCUGUUUUCAUUAACACCAGUUUUUAAGCUCAUCAACGUUACUUCUUCAACAAGACUUCUGACACUGACUUUGUCAACAAUCGUGGCAGAGAAACCAACCACUCUUGGUUUAUUGAGGUCCAGUUUCCAGGUCGAGAGCUGCUGCGAAUUCUAUGACAUUAUCUCUCCUACGUGAUUUAAAGGGAUAUUCCGGUGUAAAAUUACUUUAGGGUCAGACACACCGUAACACUGAGUUAGACACCCCCUCGAGAGAUGAAUGUUGCCGACCGCCUGCUUCUCUUGUUAUACCAACUUUAGUAACGACUGCAGGAUAGAAAUACACAGCGGUCUGAGGAGCCAUAAACAAACCUCAACCAAAACACCGCUCUAUAGCCACAAAUAAUGCUCAGAACAGCACCUAACUUCAUCAACAGGACAUAUAGGGUCCCAGCCAUAGUACUAGCCACCAAACAUCUUUUUAACUUUGCCUGAUUUCUUUAGCAAAGAGACUAAACACAACUCACCUACUCUCUUCCAGCAGCCGCUUGUUUGUAGCGAGACCUCGGGCCAGUCCAUUACGAACUACAGUGGGGUGACGCAGCUCAAGGAAGAACAUUUAUGAUCAUUACUUUAUCAUUUCCUUGAAGUAAUAACCAUCAUUUUGCGCCGAGACGUGGUAGUUCUUCUGCCUUAGCGUCUGAUUGCAUUUCCAUGAAGAAAUGAUCAUAAAUGUUCUUCCUUGAGCUGCGAAACUCCACUGUGGUCAUAAUGGACUGGCCUGAGGUCUCUCUACAAACAAGCGGCUGCUGGAAGAGAGUAGAUGAGUUGUGUUUAGUCUCUUUGGUGGCUAGUACUAUGGCUAGGACCCUAUAUGUCCUGUUGAUGAAGUUAGGUGCCGUUCUGAGCAUCAUUUGUGGCUAUAGAGUGGCGUUUUGGUUGAGUGAUAGACCGCUGUGUUUCGCUAUCGUGCGGUUGUUACUAAAGUUGGUAUAACUAGAGAAGCAAGCGGUUGGCAAUGUUCACCUCUCGAGGGGGUGUCUAACUUGGUGUUAUGGUGUGUAUGAUCCAAAAUAAAUUUACGCUGGAAUAUCCCUUUAAGUUCUCCAAGAGUAGUCUCGUUGAUUAAAAGAAAAUAUGAGGCGUCCAGAACAUUUAAAUAGUGUUUUUAGAGGCUCAAUAGGCGCCGUCACGUUUGUUGGAAAGAGGCCCAGAUCAAAUGACACAUAAUUCAACGUGUCUCUAUAUUAAUUCGACACAUUUUAAACACACAGUUAUUAAUUAGUGCGUCUUUUUGUGAAAUUACUCCAAAACAAACACAUUAAAACGGUCGAUAUGACUGCGACUAAAACACAGAGCUCGUAAUCAAACUUCAAUCCACCGCUGCCUCCAGAUCCUUCAGUUUAAUUUCACAGAGAGAACAGCCUCUAAAGCUCCAAUUAGCUUGAAAUCACAAAACGAAUCAAGAGGAUCAAGUGUGGAAAACUUUGCCGGGGUUUUUAAUGCGUUCAGACCAGUUUGAAGGAUUACAUGUUUCUCUUUCUUCAAGUUUAAACACUCUUGAAUAAAUUGCUAAAACUGCUGCUGUUUAUGUUAAAGUACAAAAUGGUUAUAACUGUUGUCCAAUUCCAUCAUCCGAUCUUAUUUUUACGUGUUGAGUAUGAAGUCAUUCUAGCUGCUGUAGCAAAGAUUGAGGAGCUCAGAGGUAAACAGGAGGUCAGGUUCGACUGGAUGAAGGUAGAAACUCGUGUCUUCUUGACUCUGGUACAGUUCGAUGCUCAGUGUCUUUAGUGUCAUUUCUCUGCACGGUAAACAGAGCGUCUUUGAUGGCUUUUUAUCUAGGUCAGUGGUGUGGGGCCGCGCAUAUACAUACGGAUCUUGGUACAGUUUCUCCCACACACGGAGCCACAUCAAACAGAGCUGCAGCUCAAAGUAAAACAACCUGAACAGGUGUUCCUCAGGAGAGGCCUUCGAGCUUGUGUUUCUGUGCCUGCGGGCGCUUUGCCUCUUCUGUAUCUGUAUGCAUGCGUAUGUGUGUGUGUAUGUCUGUCUGUGUGUGUGAGUGUGUGUGUGCUCCAUUUAUCAAAAAAAAAAAAACCCUCUCUACAAAACUCCUGCUUUUCAGAAAAGCAUGCGUGGAUGCGAGCACUCCUGAGAUGCGGCGUUCACUCUCGUCGGAUGCUCUAAUGAUGAGAAAAGUUUUUUUUUUUUCCAUCUCUGCAGACAGACGUUAUUAGAGUCAGGCUUUACUGUAGAGUGUUUGCUGUAUUGUGGCAUCGCCGCUCCAAAAGAAACACUCAUGAAAUUCUGAAUUUGCUCCCUUUUAAGUAAAGACGCAGCCUGUCCUUUAGGAUGCUCAGAAGCAGAUUUUGUUGUGCUAAAACGCACCAUUCAGGUCUACUUUGCAGAAUUCUAUGGUAACCAAAAAUAUCAGGGUACAAACUCCGAUUCAAUGCAGGACUGAUGUUUUCAUACUCCUUUGCAGUCUCUCUGUGCUUCGCUUUAUUGUCCGUCUUUUAUCUCUCCUCAGGUUGUGUACAGACGUGCUGACAUGGCCAUUGGCUCUCUCACUAUCAAUGAGGAGCGUUCAGAAAUCAUCGACUUCUCGGUGCCGUUUGUAGAGACGGGCAUCAGCGUCAUGGUCGCCCGCAGCAAUGGGACAGUGUCCCCAUCUGCCUUUCUAGGUGAGGAAAACAAACUCUCUCCCUCUACGUCCGAUUUGACUCCAUAUUCGGUGAUUAUAACGUCCCUUAUCCUGUACUUGUCGGCCAUGCUGCCAUCGUCUGUCUCACCGCUUUCUCUUUGGGUGGCCUACUUAAACAAGUUCCAUCUCUGCAGACGCUUCAGGAAACUUCCCAUUAAGCUUUCAUCCUGCCGAUAACUGUAGCCUACAACAAAAUCCCCUUACCCCACCACGCACACACCUAAAUCCCCCUUCCAAACGCCAAACAAGAAAACUCAGCACAAAAUCCGAAACAGUGAAUUUCUGUCUUUGCAUUUUCUCAUCAGUCGCCUCUUCUUCUUCUACUUCCUCUUCUUCUUCUUCUUCUUCUUCUUCCACGUCCUGCUGCUGCUUCUGCUGCUAUCCCUUCCGCCACAUAUGGUGACUCCCAUCACAGGCUGAGGUUUAGAGGCAGGAAACACAAAGGAGACUCACUUUAAUCCUUUACGUUUGUUCCUUCUCUUCUCCUCCCGCAGAGCCGUACAGCCCGGCAGUGUGGGUCAUGAUGUUUGUGAUGUGCCUGACCGUGGUGGCGGUGACGGUUUUCGUGUUUGAGUACUUCAGUCCAGUCGGCUACAACCGCAGUCUGGUCAGCGCAAAAUGUGAGUUUUUAACCUCUUUGAUGCACAAAACAACAAUUGGUGUAUCGUAAUUUAUUGUCUUGUACUGUAUAACUUGCAUCUUUCAUAUCAACGUGGUUAAGCAGAAUUAGGAAACUUGGCAGGUCUAAAAAUUAGACGUACUUAGACAAAGAAAUAAUUCAUAUUUUUAUGUUUGAAUUCAUAUUUCAAAAAACACGAAUUGUUUCCUAAUAAGCGUUUUGGAAAGAGUAAACCUAAAUCCGCCCUCAGUCUGCACGAUCCGCUGUGUUUCGAGUUUCUUCAGCAGGAUUUUGGGGAGAGGGCUAAUCAAUCCCAGAAUGCACGUGCUGACAGAGCGUGCCUCGUCUCCGAGUCCAAAAGGUCAUUUUCCCGUUUUAAUUAGCAGUUGUUGCCGCGCUAAUCGAAGUGUGAUUGAUGACGGCGGAACCCUUUGUUGCUGCACAUGAGUAACGGUGGCAGAGAGAGUGAAACUGUUCCGUAGUUUGGAAGUUUCCAGAACGGAAAGAGAACACUUUGGUGAACUAAAUAUGAAAACAAAGUGACAAAACAUCCAGUACAUCUUAAAUAAGAUUCUUCUUGGUCAUAAUUUUUACAGGUUAUUCAUGAAAAAUUAAGCAAAAACAGAAAACAGGACCAAGUCUAAACGUUUCUAUCAUUUUAAAACUAAUGUGUAGGUGUCACAUUAAGUUUUUUAACAUUCAUCUACAACCAGAAAUUCUAGAAACCGAUAUAAGAAGGUAUUAUUUGUGUAAAUAAACUCUACUUUUACAUACACUGCAAAAUAAGUGAAGCGUUUUGAGCGUUAAAACAAGAGGUAAAAGACCGAUCAAACUACAAGUAAAACGUUCAAAGAUUGUGACAAAACAAAUAGAAGGUAAUUCAAGAAUUAAAGCAAAUAAAAUAAGAUAAAGUCAAGACAGUCAAAAGUGAAGUCAAUUCAGAUUAGUUAAAGUUGACUAAAACCAAAUAAAUACCAAAAUAAAACCAUAUGAAGGCAGAAAAAUAAAUGUAAAGCUGAAAAAUACCGCAAAGUAACGUAUUCAUGUAUCAACUUCUAAUCCAUUUAUCCUGAGCCCCAUCAAACUUUAUCUACGACCAAUUCAGAUUAAGAAACUUGGAUUUCUUUAAUUUGAUUCAGGCCUAAUCUACGUCCAUAUUGGUCUGCUGGUGUGUAAAGUAGCAGUGCUGAUGCCAAAAGACAGAAAUCUUGUUUCUCACGUCUCCAUUUGACUCCUCAAACCCUGACCUGUAAAUAUAAACGGAUAUAUCUGAAUAUAUGGAUACUACGACAGCGCUGGAGUGUUUUUCUAUCAGUCAGAUAAACCCUCAUGGUGUUUGUUUUGAGCUCCUCUUCCUCUUUUUUAUCCUUUCAGCGCACACUGUCUCUUCGGACAUGAGGCUUGGAGUUAGUUUGAACUUCUCCUUAAAGUAAUUCCUGAACAGACGAACAGUCUCUUUUCUCCCUUCGCGCCGCAGAUUCCUCCGUAGAAAACAGGAUUUUCUGUCACAUGAAAAGUCUGGUGUGCUAAUUUUUGUGAAAAUAGAAAACAAAAAAAUAAAAACAAAAAAAACAGAUCAGACUUGUUGGAUACUGUGCACUAUUUCACAACACUCCCUUCCUCCCUGUGUUUUCUCAGCUCCUGGUGGUCCCACAUUCACCAUCGGGAAGUCAGUGUGGCUGCUCUGGGGCAUCGUCUUCAACAACUCCGUCCCCGUGGAAAACCCCAAAGGAACGACCAGUAAGAUCAUGGUCCUGAUCUGGGCCUUCUUCGCUGUCAUCUUCCUGGCUUCUUACACCGCCAACCUGGCCGCCUUCAUGAUCCAGGAGCAGUAUAUCGACACGGUGUCUGGGCUCUCUGACAAAAAGGUAAACUCCCGAAAAUCAACACUUUGUACUCGGAGGGAAAUAACACGCUUAUGAGGCGGGGCGGGUAUUGAACUUAGACAUAAAGAGAGCAGGCUGUUUUUGUGGUGCUGUGAGAUAUGGAGAAAACAACGUCUUUGUGUUUGAAUCCAGCUCACACGUCUCUUCUUUUCUCCUUCCAUUGAUUCAUAAACUCUGAAGAGAAGAAGGACAAAAGACCCGCAGAAAGCUUUUCAAGUCGAGUCAAGUCUGAGGAGUGUUCUGUGAACAUCUUUGUCCUUUUCCUAUCAGCGGGGAAGCCUGGUCGCAUGAAUGACUGAUCGAUUCCUCCGCUGUCAAUACAGAUGGUGUCUGAAAUACUGACGGAUAAAGUGGAGACUCAGUCUGUCCAUCAAUAUCCCCCCUGCGCUGUCCCUGUCUCCCCUCACACUCUAGCCGUUAAAACAAGAUCGCCAAAUGUCAAACGAUUAAAAACAGUCAAGCCAUGGAGGAAAACAGCGCCCACGCACUUCCCUCACACACAUAUACACACACUCUCUCACACACACACACAUUCAGAGGAGCUCUAGAAGAAAGCUUUUCAUUCUUCACAGACAGGGAUCAGCAGAGCCACUUCAGUGAUCUAUGGUUGAAUUAACUGAUUAUAUUAACUUUAUGCAGAUGCAUCAUGUGCCUCCAAUAUAAAUGAGCCCGAACCUCCUCAGCUGCCUCUUAACUCUGAGCUACAUGACAGAGGAUUAGGAGGGUUUGGGUCGUAGGCUGGCUGAGGUCACAGCUCGCUGGUUUAAGUGAUAAGGCCGGUGUUAUCCAAUGUUUGUCGAGCUGUUAAUACAUGUCAGUAAAAGAGAAAAGUCGCUUUGCAGAUGCUUCUUCUGCCGUCUGAAAUGAAACAGAAGUAAGCAAACCUGUCGAGUGUUCAUUUCGUAUCUAAUUGCAGACCAGGUCCUGAAGGGAUUGGAGGACAGUCAGAACUUUCAUAAAUCCAGGGAUAAGUAGAGGUAAAAAGCAGCCGACCAAAACAGAUCCAAGACCAGAGGAAAGUUGAACACUGGCAGCAGUUAUUUAAUGACCACUGUCGUGUCAAAACCUGCAGUCACUAAGAUGAAAUAUCAAUCUAUUAUUGCUUUAAAAAUCUCAGUUUGAAGGCAGAUUGAGUGGGAUAGUUUCCUCACCUCCUCAGAUCAACCACAGUCAUAACUUCUCAAUGAGGCUGUCAUUAUAGAGAAAUAAACUAAAACAUGUUACAAGCUGGAGACUGACUAACCCAGGGACAGGACAAAAUCAAGACGAGAUUGAUCCCUGAAAAAGGUCAAUAAAUCACACUGUUAUCCACUCAAAAAAUUGACUUUUGACUGUGAGAAUGAGAUUAGAAAUUAAAUUAUUUCUGUCAGCUCAAAAAGACAGACAUGAUAUUCAACACCGAGCUGUGAAGGGGAUAGUAUGAGGCAGCAGGGGUUAGAGAAUAGAAUAGAAUUGAAAUGGGGGAAUACACUAGAAAUGGAGCAAAAGUGUAGAACAGAAUGAAAUAGAAACGGAAGAAUAGAAUAGAAGUUGAGGAAAAGAAUAGAACUGAAAUGGAGAAAGAGAGUAGGAUAGAAUAGAGCAGGAUAGAAUAGAAUAAAAAUGGAGGAAUAGAAUAGAAUAGAAAUGGAGGAAGAGUGUAGAAUAGAAUGGAGUAGAAUAACAAUGGGGGAAUAGAAUAGAAGUUGAGGAAUAGAAACGAAGGAAUAGAAUAGAAAUGAAGAAGAGUGUAGAAUACAAUGGAACAGCAUAGAAUAGAAUAAAAAUGGAGGACUAGAGUAGAAUAGAAUGGAAUACAAAUAGAGGAAGAGUGUAGAAUAGAAUGGAAUAGAAUAGAGAUGGAGGAAAUGAAUACAAAUAGUGGAAUAGAAUAGAAGUUGAGGAAUAGAAUAGAAUAUAACAGAAAUGGGGGAAUAGAAUAGAAUAUCAAUGGUGGAAUAGAAUAGAGGUUUAGGCAUAUAUGGAGGAAUAGAAUAGAAUGAAAUUGAGUUGAAUUCCUCUGGUGUAAUUACAUGUUUACAUUCAGUCUCAUAGUGCCAAAGUGUCAACAGGCUGAAGUGAAAUGUGUCAAACCCUUUUUUAGCCUAAUGAUUUGAAGUGAUUUAUGUUGUCAGGUUGUAAAUUAGCUAACCUCUGAAACCUGUCAUUGUUAGUGUGAUGUGGAGGAUGUAACCUCAGAGGUCAGUCUACAGUUUUUAGACUCUCUGUUUAGCGGUGAAGGACUUCCAGCCAACACUUCUGUUUCCAUGCGCUGCCAUUGUUUGAGUGACAAAUGACUGUGGAUUUGUUCCCUCAAACCUGUGUUACAACUGCGUUUGCAGGGAUUCUGACGAGCAUAAACUACAACGACAGAAACCCUGUCAGCGCCCACACUUAUGUGUAACAUGUGUUCUGUAUUUAGAUCGACUUUUAUUCCGGCCUUUUCCCUGUGGUGUGGGCUCCUGUUUGACCAGCUGAUUAAUAACGGAGAAAGAAGGCGUACAGCAUGUGAACUGAAUUCAUUUGAGCUGCAGCUGAAGAGUGAUUAUAUUUACACACAUACUAACACCCACUCACUCGCUCACACUUUGAUUGGCCCAUUCAUUUGCGUUCGGCUCAAAAGGUCAAUGCCGUAACCAAGAUAAAUGGAUCUCUCCUGUUUACAGUCUAAUUGAGCCCUAACUGAAGUAUUUCUGCCUCAGCCCGCAUUACUGUGUCAGCGCGUGAAAUGUGAACUUCGAUCGGCACAGAUUGAGCUGGAUUAGGAUCAUCUGAGGGUAAUGUGAUGAUUCGAACAGGGUUAGGCUAAUUUCAGAGGAAUUAAGACUAACCUGUCCAUUCAUAAGGUGAGGAGUGUUAUAAAGACAUUUUAAGAAUAAAUGAGAAUGACUGUAAAAUAGAUUUCAUGGAGCUGUGGAGCUCUUUCUCAUCAUUUUAUUCCUCGUCUCUCUUCUUUAUUUUUGCAAGUAUUUCUGCUCCUCUUUCUUUUCCUUCUAUUGUGUGUCCCAUGUUUUUUUUUCUUCUAUUUAUCCUUUUUUUUCCAUUCCUUUUCUUCCGUCUUUCUGCUCUUCAUAUUUCCUUAAUCAUUUUUCUUUAUUUUCUUCUCCUUUCUUUCCCAUUUCACUUUCCUUUUGACUUUAACUUUAUCUUUCUUUCCUUUACUUCCUUUUCUUAUAUCUUGUAUUUUUUUCCUCCUCUUUCCUUUACCUUCCCUUGCCUCCUUUUUCCUUUCUUUCAUCUUCCCUCAUUUCAUUUUUCCUUUCUUUCAUCUUCCCUCGUUUCAUUUUUCCUUUCUUUCAUUUUCCUUUUUUUUUUUUUUUGCCGUUUUCCUUUUUUAGCCAUCCUCUCUUUCACUCCUCUGUUACUCCUCUUUCUUCUUUUGGUUUUUAACUUACCCCCUUAUUCUUUCCUCAUCCAUACUUUUACAAUCUCUUCUUUGUCUUUUAUCCUUCCUUUUCCUCUCCUCUUUUCAUGUUUUUAACUUUCGCUCUACUAAUUUUUCUGUUUUUAUUUGAUCUUUUUCUUCCUAACCACUAUCUUACCCUUUCUCCCACUUAUGUUUACCUCCUUCUUCUUUUUUCUCUCUUUUCUAUUCCACUUUUGACUUCUUUUAUUCUUUGUCUUUGCUCUGUCUCCUUCCAGUCUUUCUCCUCUCUCUCCCUCUCUCUUCUACCUCUACCUUCACCAAAGUUCUACUUUUUUCGUUUUUCUUUCCUCAAAUCUCAUAUUUUCUCCUCCCUCCCUUUUUCCUCUCCCCCUUUUCUCCCUCCAGUUCCAGAAACCACACGAGCAUUACCCCCCUUUCCGCUUCGGGACGGUCCCAAACGGGAGCACGGAGAGAAACAUCCGCAGUAACUACCCCGACAUGCACACGCACAUGAUGAAAUACAACCAGAAGGGGGUGGAAGAAGCGCUGGAGAGUCUGAAAACCGGGUACAGUUGAACUGACAUUUCGACUUUAUUACAGGAUUAAAUAACAGGUUAUAUUUAACAGAUCAUCCUGUCAGAGGAGACAUUCAACCACAGAUGAUCGUAUUUCAGGUGAUGCUGCAGAGAUUUGAAGCUCUUUGUGUUUGAUCUUCUAUUUUUGAAUUAGGCCAACAUGAUGGUCGUAUUUUUGGAUGAAAACAUCGCAGCUAUUGUUGCUUCAUUUUGUAAAGAAAAGUGCUGUCAAACAUCCUUUCUUUGAAAAAGAAUGAACCCAAAAUACCUCGGGUGAUUUUGCACGUUUUGAUACUACAAACUGUUCACUCUCUUUAUUUUUUGGCUCAUAUUCUUGUACCUGUGUUUUGUUUUUUUUUUGAAAACUUUGCUUUCAGUGACCAGAAACUUUGCAGGACCGAUCGCCUUAGACAGACUAAGGAGACUGUUGAACAGCGAGGAACAGUCUGUGUUAACACUUGGUACUAUCUUAUUAUAAUUAAGAAGAAAUUCAGACAGUAAAAAAAGUAAUUCAGUGUUUGUUGUGGUGGAUUAUCCUCAUAUCUUAAGCGUAUUUAAAGUAGCUGCAAGUCUUUCAACACAAAAAGUACUCGUAUCAGCCUGCAGGUAAAGUGAUUCUCAAGUCUAUAAUUGAAAGUGUUUGUUGGCACAGAUAUUCAUCAAUUGAUGAUCUAAAACAUGACCAUCUUUUUUCCCAGAGGAUCCUUUGAGUGAGAAAUUAUCAGAAAAACAAAAGCGCUCACUCAAACUAAAAGUGGAUUUUAGGUUUGUUAACCAUAAUCAGUUUUAUUCCUCCUGAAAAUUCUUCCAGCAGGAGGUUCAUGUUGAGUGUUUUUUAAAAAAGUCCCCAGAGGUGUGUUAAAGAACUGACAAAAUGUUUCCGCUCUUCUUUGGGUGCAAAGAGAAAGUUCUCGAGUCAAAAAAUAAAUAAAUUUGGCACAUCUGGAUCAGCAGAGUACUUCUUUUAAAGUUUUCAGGGUAUGUGGAACGAGGGAGAAACAUAAACAUGAACUCUGCCUGAGUGAGUGUUCAUCUGUAAAUUUAAGAAGGAGGUAUUUUGCUCUUUGGGGUCCUUAAAUUGUACCUCUGAGGCCUCUGUAGUGAAUUUACCUGAUUUUACCGCUCAAAAAAUCUUGGACUAGCAUCUUUAACAAACCCUUUUCCAACUGGACCGCACUCUAGCUGCCUCUUCUACUGUUGCCGUGCCAUAAACCUUUGUCAUUGUGCUAACCAGUGUUACUCGAUCUGAAAUGACAAAUUAUGGAAUAUGUCUGAUGUCCCUGCUGUCCACCCCUGAAAAAUCUCAGUCCUACCUCCUUACAUGUGGUCAGACGAUGACUUAUUUGUUUGUCAACCCCGUGCAGGAAGCUGGACGCCUUCAUCUAUGAUGCUGCCGUCUUGAACUACAUGGCUGGAAAGGACGAGGGCUGCAAGCUGGUGACCAUUGGCAGCGGGAAAGUGUUCGCCACCACAGGAUACGGAAUCGCUCUGCAGAAGGACUCCCGCUGGAAACGGCUUAUAGACCUGGCUCUGCUUCAGUUCCUCGGAGACGGUGGGCACUCGCACAAGCCCUAUACGAUGCGUCACUCGACCGUGACUACAAACACACGCUCUUAAACACCCCUCUGAUGUGCUGUUUGUGUUUGUGACACAUGGCAUGUGGACCAUGAAAAUGGCAACAGUCCAGUUGAGUGUGUGCAGUAUCAGCAGGGUAAUGGACUUACUGGGAAGAGUUAAUAUCCUGCAGAACAGCAGGAAGUGUUAAGGAUAUGAUUAUCUCCAUCACGCUCACACUCACACUGACACACACACACAUCCAUCCUACCUACGCAUAUACACACUAACACACUCACCAUGAAGGCCUGCGGUGUGGAGUUAAUAUCCUCCCUCCUCUGAGAGCUUAAGAGCAUGCCCUCCACAAACACACAAACACACACAGUCGCACACACACUCUCUCUGAGCUCGCCAUCAUGAUGUAAUAAAUAGUGUGUUUGUGGGUAACAUACGGUAACUGAGUGAUAAAACGGGCCGUGCUCCCUGGAGGCCACUGGGGGAUGGCGCAGCUCAAGAGGUGACCACCUGUUCAGAGACCUGCAGGAGUAUUUCAUGUGGUAAUGACUUGGGCCUUAAGAGCUGUAAAUUCAGCUCAUUUUAAAACUAUCCCGGCCUUAAAACAGCAUUUGAGUUUAAAUGUUUACACAUGGCAGCUGGAAAGAUAAAGAAAAGUGAAAUGUUUCGACUGUGAUAGCUUCAUUUACUCUCAGCUUUAGUCCAAAGGUAGUUACGCUGAAUGACUCAGCGCUUAGUUUUUGCAAAUUUCCUUUUAUACUGGAGUCAUCCUCACCCUGUCGGGAUUCUGACUGUUAGCUGAGAACAUUAGUCGGCUUAUUUGUCACAAUUCACGUCGAAAUGAACAUUUACAUUGAAAGUGUUACGUUGGUUAUGUCCUUCCGCAGAUCGCGGGACAGGAUGGUGGUCCACUUUUCGCUUUUAGAGAUGGUUUAGAUGUUUUGAAAAUUAUAUCACGUUGUGAGUCUGAGUCAUGUUGUUCUACUGAUCUUAUUAUCUUCAUCAGUUUGGUAAAUACAGUGAGAUUCAAUAGUUCUCAGACAAAACUAGCGCCAAAAGAUAGAUUGUAUGAUUUCUAUCCCAGGGAGGGCCUUACCUGUGUUGGACUGUUUAGUUAUUCUCCUUUAAUUCAAAUAUCCAGUGCCACCAUGAACAAAGGUUUUCUACCUGUCAAAAGACAGAUUUUCCUGUUGAGUCUGAUCCUGUUUAAGGUCUCUACCUGUUAAAAGACAGAUUUUCCUGUUGAGUCUUGUCCUGUUCAAGGUUUUUGCCUUCGAAAAGACAGAUUUUCCUGUUGAGUUUGGUCCUGUUCAAGAUUUCUACCUGUCAAAAAAAAGAGUUUCCUGUUGAGUUUGGUCCUGUUCAAGGUUUCUUUCUGUCAAAAGAUAGAUUUUCCAGUUGAGUCCGGUCCAGUUCAAGGUUUCUACCUGUGAAAAGAAAGAUUUUCCUGUUGAGUCUGGUCCUGUUCAGGGUUUCUUUCUGCCUGUUAGAAGGCUGGUUUUCCUUGCCAAGUGUUUCACUCAUAAUGGAAUAAGACUGUAUUAGAGUUUGUCUUGUCUUGAUGUUGGGUCUUAAGAGUUAAGUCUGGACCAUCUGUUUUUGUGAAGUGUCAUUAGUCAUGGAUUGACAUUAUAUUAGUGAAAACUGAUUGAUUUCUGAGGUUACCACCAAUCAUAGUUUUAUAUUCAGCUAAGACAGGUGAUAGUUCUUGGAUAACAUGUCAGGAUAAUGAGGCGCCACUGGCCUAGUAGUCAUGGAGGAUAUGCUUGGAGCUGUCCCCCCUGGUUCGUGUCCUGCCUGUGGCUUCUUUUGUCCCUCCACUCUCUCUCUGUCACACUCUGUCCACUGUACCAUCAUCUCCAAAUUGUCUGUUUUUAUUCCAAACCAUAACUACUGACUGAAUUCUGGAGUUUAAAAUCUCUGUGAGGAAUUAUUUCCCCUGAAAACAUGUUUCAACCAAAUCCAGUCUCACUUGGCGCCCUCUGCAGGCCUGGAGCUCCUCCAUCGUCCUGACUGGAUUUGUGGCAUUUUGCUUUUACCAUCUGUUUUCUUGGUUUAUGAGUCUUUGUCUUUGCAUGUAAAUAAGAAGAAACAAUGGGAAUCUUUUUUGCCUUUACACCAAUUUGCCUUGAGGCCAGUCUGAAACAAACUGUGAGCACAAAAAAUGAUCUGUUAAUCUGUCGCUGCAUCUUAAUCUUUUUUAUUUAAUCUACUAAUCUCUUUUUGUUUUCCUCACAUCCCUCCAGGAGACACGCAGCGCUUGGAGACAGUCUGGUUGUCGGGCAUCUGCCAGAACGAGAAGAACGAAGUGAUGAGCAGUAAGCUGGACAUCGACAACAUGGCGGGUGUCUUCUACAUGCUGCUGGUGGCGAUGGGCCUCAGCCUGCUGGUCUUCGCCUGCGAGCACCUGCUGUACUGGAAACUACGACACUACAUGCACAAGUCCCAAAAAGUGGACUUCAUGUUGGCCAUCAGCAGGGUGAGACUCACUCUUAUUGAUUCAUUCCUUCUUGUGUAAGAACUCAUAAAUCACCUCUUUAAAGCUAAUUGCUUGCUUUUUAAGAUUCGUGCUCCGUCUCAUUGAUUUCUAAAUUGAUGAUAUUGAUUUUAAAGUUCAAUGAGUGAUUGACUGACGGUAAUUAUAUUAGCUCGUUUGAAUGAUUGAGAAAUUGGCUGAUUAGUUUGACUCUAAGUGGCUGGUUGGUUGGCUCAUUUUCUGCUUAAUACGCUGUUUUACAUGAAGUUGCUUUCAUGUGAUGACAAAUUAGAGCGAAUGGCUGUGUAUUUGCAUGUAAUUAAAUGGUGUCGUUAAAAGGCCUUGUUAAGAUAUUAGCUAAAUGGUGCUGCAUUCUCAUUAAGAGUGGGAAGGAGGGAGAAAGAGGAGAGAUAAAGGGGCAAAAGGCAGCACUAAUUCUGGUGUUUACUCAGCUUUUAACUCUGAUUGCUUCAUUUUCGUUUACAAUUAGCUUAAAUCAGCAUCCAGUUUAUUGAUGCUUUUGUGCAGGACGGUGGUUAUUGAGGCAAACAGCCACAGAAAUGUCCACGGACUGCAACCUCUGCUGGGUAAUUACACCACUGUGCCUGGAUGUAGGUUUUUAUCAGAUUAAGGGCUAAAUGACUAUCUAAUCAUUAAUCCGUAUGGGACGGCCCCCAGGGCCAAAUUAAAUUCGUCUCUUUCAGGUUCUCUCAGCCAACUGUAAGGAGAGAGACAGAGCAGUCAUGGGAUUUGGCUCCGUGUUUGUCCAAGCAGUUAGAGACGGUUUCCUCUGCAGGGGACUCCAGGCGUGUGCGUCCGUUUAUUGGGGCAAUCCUCUCAGCUUAAAAACAGUUUCUCUUUGAGUCCCGGGAGAAUGCAUAAUGAAUUUGUGACUAAUUCUCGCCUCGGUGGUAAAAUGAGAUAUUAAUGAAGUUUUUUAACUUAACCGCCGGUGGGGUUUUUAUUAGUAUGGAGGAAGAUCUUCACUUUGAGAUUCACAAAUUGGCUGAAACUCGCCUGUGAAAUUGUCCCUUAAGGACCACUUGAGGUCGAUUCCAGGUUAAACAGUCUGUGGGUAACUAUUGAUUUUACUUCGAAUGAUCAGGGAAUUACACUCCACUUUUCCUCUCCUGUUUCAUUUUCUCUUCAUUCUAGUGGGAGCCUGAAAUUAGUUUUUCACACCUGUAAUUUGAGGAGCAGGUCAGCUCGUGGUCAAUAAAUAAUUCCUGGAUCAUAUUGUUGCAUUUGACAAAGUACAACGACUUAACGGUGUUUUCCAUUUACCUUGGAGGAUGAUUGAGCUUCGAGUAAAGUCACAUUUAAGUGUUCAAGUCAGUAUAUUUGAUUUUACCAGCAGUGCUAGCCAGUGCUUGGUGAUAAGACACACUUUCUGGUAGUUUUGGAGCGAUGGUGUCACAGUUGGCGUUUGUACAAAAGAGGACUCGCAUGCAGACGAUAGUGUUGGGCGGUAUGAACAAAAUUUUAUUUCCUGGUAUGAGUAAUUUCAUAUCACAGUAAUGGUAUAUAUCACGGUAUGUUUUUUUCCCCCUGUAAAUGCAAUUAGUUGCUUAAAAAUAACCAUACUGUCGCAUUUGUUCAUUUUCCUUUUAUUUUUAAACUCAGAUUUGUAUACAAAUGCAAACAAAACAGUCUGGCAAUUUUUUAAUAAUGGCAUACCUUUGGUGAAAGACUCUGCCAAGCUCUUUUGUAUGAGAGGAGCUGCUGCAACUUUGGUUUUUGGUGCAGCAGGUGCACCAUGCAUCUUUUGGCCCCCAUAAUAGAGCUUGGCGUGUUUCAUUUUUAGGUGGUGGAAGUGGUUGCUGGUGUUUCCUCCUCCAGCAAUGACAGCCAGAGGACACUCUUUGCAAAGUAUUGUUUUUUGAUCAUUCCCGGAUUUUCUAAAUCUGAAGAAUUUCCAGACAACCAAUGUUGCGACGCGCUGCUGGACACGCUGGUGGUUAUAGGGAGCGCACCCAAACCCAGCAAAAUUUCUACCGGUAGACACUUUAAUACCGUCACACAGUAUAAACCGUCAUACUGCCCCACACUAGCAGACGAUAGAGGUUUUAUUGGAGAAAAAGCAAAACAAAGAAAACCCAAUGUCCAACAAAACCACACACGACACCGGGGAAACCACCAGGCCACAUGGAUGGGUUGAAGGAUGAUAAGGAGAAAGAACUACCAAAUAAAACAGGAAACACUGAAAACAGGAAGACACACAAAGAGAGCAAAAGGAUCAGGAUGUUUUUCUGUUGUCAGUCUUGUGAGCGCAGUUUUGUUAAGAUUCCGUUUAUUGGUCUUACUGUUGUUCAGCUAACCUCUUCUUACUUCUGCUCAGUCCUCUCUAAUCUUCCUCUGUCUCUUUCUUUGUCUUCCUCUUCCGUCUCUCAGGGUAUUUACAGUUGUUUCAACGGUGUGGAGGACACUGGACAUAAAUCUGGUUUGGCCAAACCUGAUCUGACCUCUAACUACGCUCAGGCAAACAUGCUGAAGAUGCUUCGCACUGCCAAGGACUUGGUCUCUACCGCCAACGUGGAGACCUCUCUGGACAACGCCACCAAGACCAUCGAGCAUUUGAGCCGUCAUGGUGGCAGUUUGCCAGUUCGUGUGCCACCGGUCGCCACAGAGACUGUACCGGGAGGAUUUGCCUACAUCACAGAGAAUCACUGUUCCGCACUCCCCCAGCGCUCCCUCACUCCUCCUCUGACCGCGGUGAACUCUCUGAAACUGCAGCGAGGGAUGACCAGGCCGACGCCGCUGCGCUACACGCUUCCCACUCACUCCUCCUCGUGUCUGUAUGAUCGGCAGCUUCCUGUAUCCAGCCUGAGCAGCCCUCAUCUUGCCGUGAGCGAACCGCUUCCUCAUCAGCACCCGCAUCACUACCAGACCACCGGGCGACUCUACGUUGACACCCACUCACCCUUCAUACCUUACACUGACCUCCAGCUUCCUGACAUCUACACCUCUCAUCCGGUGUCCUCACCUCAGAGCCAAAACGUCCAAGCGGCCUUCUCCAGGCGGAAACGGAGGUCCAAGAGUUUCCAGUAUGACGAGGGGGACUCAGAGAGGAGGUCACACAGGGACCAGGACAAGAGUGAUAAAAGUCCGGUCUUCCUGAGUGAACUCAAAGCCAACCACCUCCAAGAAAACCACAUCUCUGCCCCGAGUGUUGAAAGCAUCUACCCUGGAGAAGGGAUGAGUCCUCGAGUGGAGAACUACGGCUCUUGGCCUCCGGAGGACCUCGUGCUCAGAGGAAGACGCAGGCACCGCCGCCCUUCUUUCCUCAAAGCGACUUGGGGCAGCGAGCAGAUGCGCCAGCUGGACGAAUCCCAGUCAUCCUUGUCGAGCCAGUCCCCAUCCACCCUGCCAGACCUGUUCCCGUGCAUCGUUACACCAACCGCGGCCACAAAGCCCUACAACCCCGCCCACCUCCGAAACAACCUGUGCCUCCCACGGAACCAGGCCUACCUCCACAUAAGGGAGGACCAGAGGAGGCCCAAUGGGCGCAAGGGUCAGAAGCUGCGCUACUCCCACUCCACCCACCUCCCCACAUACGGAGAAGCAGUGCGACAGGGGACUGGGUUGGGACGGGGGAUGGUACGGAGAGCCACGAGCUUGCUCAGCAGACAGUACGCCCACUACCUGAACUCAUACCCUGGAUUACCCUUGUACCACGGCCCCUUGGACCUGCGGCACCACAGCCAGGCCUCUGGAAACCCGGUGUGCCAGCUGCUGGCUUGUGGUGGAGGGGGGUGUGGAAGCCAGAGAGCUUUGUUGUACCAGGACAGCGUCUACGGGGCAUACGGGGUCUAUCAGGGAUCCCAGACUGGAUCAGAGGUCCAGGUUCAGGGGGCUGGGGUACAGCCAACAGGGAGCCCCUGUGUACUUCGACCAUGGCGACGGGUAUCCAGUCUUGAGUCUGAGGUCUGAUGGGGAACCAGAAGGAUUUUGUGAAAUGGAUAUUGUGGAGUAAACGAGGGAAAGACCACAGAGGGGGUUUAGUGGUCGGAUUUCUAAGGGGGAAAGUUGUGAUUUGAAGUUCUUGUGGAGUUUCUGUGUGACUUUGUGUGGUAAAGAUAAGAAGUUUGGCUCUACCAACUGGGACUUACCUUAUGUACUCUACAGCGAGAAUUGAAGACUGCACUGUUAUCCUCGGUAGAGCUGUGGAAAGCUGGAGUCGGCAGGUUUUACUCACUUGCUACUUUCCUACGACAACGCUUGUCUGUUUUAUCUGUGCUUUAAUGUGCACUCAGAGUUACAACAGUCCACAGUGUUGGCGCAUGGUUAAGCUAUAACCAGAGUUUUCAUGCUGUGUUUGUCGUGUAUAUUUAAUCGUGGAUGGUCGGAGUCCGGUCUUGGGUGUCGUGAAACGUUUACAGCUCGGGAGAAACAGCGAAAGGAACACGGGAUUGCGUCCUUAAAUACAGCCACCAAAAACAAGUAGCAACUGUAGCAAGAUUUUUAAAGACAGCUGUGACGAACAUGUGAAGAGUUUAAUUCCAAAAAAAAAGUAAUCAAUAUUAAACCACUUUGUCUCCAGAUACAGAAGAGCAGCAGUUUUCUAGGAUGAAAUAAUCAUUUUGAGACAUCUGUUAAUGAAUUUCAGGUACCUUCUUUAAAGAUUUAUAAUGUUUUGGAGCUAAACCCUUCAAGUCUUGGUGAUUUAGUGAUGAGUCAGAGACUUUUGAGUAAGGAGUCCAUAUGAACACAAUCUGCUCAAUGAUGAAAGUAUUUGAACAGCACUGUCCAGCACAAGGUGUCUUAAUCCAUGGAUUCUUGUUCCUCCCUGAGUCUCAGUACGAGGCUCCAGUACAGCACAAACCUCACACAGGGCCUCACAUUCAAUCCAUUCUGCAUCUUAAUACUAUAUCAAUAUAGAGAAAAUGUGUUAUUUCAGGCUGGUUAGUGUCAUAUUCAUGUAUUCUGCAUAUGAUAGGAAUUUAUAGUCACUCUUAAAGUUUUCUAAUCACACUUCUGGCACAUUUUUUCUUUCGGUUAAGCUGUUGCGGAUUUACUGAAACAUGUGUUAUUACUCUAUUAACUCAGAAAGAUUGGCCUAUAUUCAGUUGGCCUAUAUAAAAUUUUCAUCACUUUCUCUUUUCCACUCUUUUAUAUUCCCUCCCCAUUCCCUCAAACUGUUAUAUGAUCAAAACUAAAUGAGGUAUUUGAAAGCUAUUCUAGUAUCUAUAUUACCUGGCUCCCUCACCCUGUAAUUAAUCACUUAGAUCAAUUAAAGAGCCUUUUUGGAUGAACAUG